AUGGGGCUGUGCUACAGUUUGCGUCCCCGGCUCUUCGGGGACCUGAGCGGGUCUAUCUCCAACGCUACCUCGGACUCGGACCAGCCUCCAGACGCCGCCGUGCCGACCCGCGCCGGGGGAGCUCGCCAGGAGGACACCGGGGGAUGCGGGGAGACUUCGUCGCUACGCGGCGGCGGUGGCGGCGGCGGCGGCCCGGUGCGCCCCGGGGACCCUGCCAGGCUCCCGGCCGGGGAGCACCGCCGUGGAGACACCGGUACCGACGGUGUGCUCAUACAAAACGGAGGCGGUGGAGGUGGAGGUGGCGGUGGCGGCGGGGGAGGAGGUAGUGGUAAAGGGACAGGGAAGGACCGUAGCCGACGCUUACAGCUGCUUCAAAAGACCAGCACCCAAAAGCAGAAAAACUGGGACAAAUUGCUGGUGGAGGAGAAGGAGGCCGAGAAGGAGGCGAAGAAAGUCAGUAAGAAUAUUGACAGGGCGCUGAAGGAGCUCAAACGGGAGUACAAACAGACGCAUCGGCUGCUGCUGCUCGGUAGGUCUCUGUCUGUUGUUGUUGUUGUUCUUGGACUAGGAAGAAGCUGUUUUAUUAUUAGAAAUCAAAACGGACUGGCCUCGCCACACAAAAUUAUGUCACUACACUGCCGAGGCCUUUUGCCACAUCUGCUGGCUUGGCUGUGAAGAAUACCCCCUGCGGCUGUCAAUGACAAAUGAUGAAGAUGGACGUUUAGACUCAGUGGGCCUGAGCUGUCAUUUCACUCUUAGAUUUAGGAGCAUGUUUAAAAGUCAAUUAAAGGUGAGACAGUCUAUCUAAAGCACCUGGUUUUACAUAGGCUGACAAAGACCACUCAGCCCUCAGCUAUGGCUGUGUUUACUCCUGUAAUAUUGUGUAGUAUAGGGGAGAGUGGGGUAUGUUGAGCCACCCUAUGUUUCUUGGAAAUGGUCAAAGAAAUGGAUCAUGUGACCAAAUAUUAAGGAGAUGGGCAUCAAUUCAUGGAGUCUGUGAAGGUUAGAAGCACAUGGGUGAAGGGGUGAGACAUUUAUUUCCAAAAAAAGUGAAUUUAGUCUGUCUUAAGUUUAUCAGAAUUGUGUUCAGACCAAAAAAGAUAAUUUUAUAUUUGUUUUAUACGUCAAUUGUGGUAUCUAUGAGCUACAACAUGAGGUCAAAAAGCAUAAAAGUCCACCAUUUUAGUUUAGAGGACUAAUAAAGUCAUAAUAUAGUUCUGGGGUCACUGAGAAAGUAAAGGAGUCUGAUGAGAGGAUCAGAGUUUCAGUUCAGAUUGUUGAAAUGUGUUACUUUUUCUUUUCAAAAAUACAGCUGUGAAUGUUCUGAAUCAAUUAAAGACAUUCUCAUGUUAAAAUGGCUUUUUACAAAACAGCUUUUAGCAGUUAUAUGCAAUAAUAAUAAAAAGAAUUAUUGUUCAAGUCGAAUAGCGUAUAAUAGAUAUGGGUAUAAUAGGGAUACGGCUAACCUUACCCCGCUCCUAUCCCUUUAAUGUCUUUUGUAUCAUAUUUGAUGCAUACUUUUAUAUACUUCUAUCAAACCAAUAUGAUCAACAGAUUACUAAAAAACACCUGAAUACAGUUCGAUAAAUGAUAAAAAUGUCCUCUUGUAGUUGAUCAGUUUCCAAAAACAUCGAUCAAAUGAGAUAAAUAAAUAUAUUUGCUAAAUUUUAAGUACAUCUUGAUUUUUUUUGGUUUUCAGUAGUAAGUGAAAAAAACAUUUCAGCUCCAAAAAACUUGAAUUUUCUGGCCAUAAUUUGUGGUGUCAGGCAUUAAAGAGCUAUGGUCAACUUACCCCAUACAUGAGGUAAGUCAACCAUAGGAGUUGACCACUUUUUUCUGGCAUGCUAUAUUAUCAAUAUAGUUAUGUUUACACUCAUUCUGUUGGUUUGCAGGGAUGCACAACAUCCUUAAAUAUAUGCAGAUACACUAGUUAGAGACAAAACCAUGAUUGCCUUGAUGUAGUUAUCAGAAAUACGGAAAAUGGCUCACCUUUCCCCACUCUCCCCUAUUACAUGAAAGAGUAGAUCUACAAAUGACAAAGUCCUUUUGUUCACCAGUACAUCUUAGCAUUAAUUAAUUGUAUUAUUUUGUACAGAGUAAAGUAAUUUAGUUUGCUAAUUAAGUUCAGUGUAGAAGUAUACUGUAUGUAGGAACUUAUGUCUUGAAGUAGAAUAUUGUGUAUUGGCCUGUGGUGCUCUGUGUUUAAUAGUGAAAUGUAACAUGGUUUAAUAUAGCACAGCGAAGAGUUGAAGCCUAUAUAUAUGAGUGUGUGACAUCAGUUCAAGAGACAACAGAUGACAACAUAACAGUAUAGUGUAGUAUAGAGGCCUGUGGUGUAGUGUGACAUCUGUUUGGGGACCACAGAUUAAACAUAGGCUGUUGAAUAACUGUGGCACAGUGACAGUAAGGUAUUUACAACAAUCAUUUACAUAAUACGUUUCAGUUUCCUGUUCAGCAGUACAGUAAAACAUUGUAAAUUGCUCUUUGGUAUAGUGUGCUUGAUUGUUGUUAAAUGGCCUGAACUAUUGUACAGUGAGGUUUUGCAUAUAGUGGCCUGUAGGAGAGUACUAAGAUUUUUGUGUACCUGAUAGUUAUGAUAAAAUAUCAAUACAGCAAUAUAUUGUCAUUCUGACUCUUCUACUAUUACUGUAUUGCUGGUUCUCAUUGAUUAGAAAAUACAUCAUUGGGAUGUUGGUUUAGCUCAGUGGUUAAAUCAUACACCUCCAUGUGUAGAGUCCUCAAAGUACGGGAUCUGAGUUUGACUCUGACAACCUACUUUGAAACUUUUUACUAUCUCAUUACCUUCUCUACAUCGUAUUGUUUCAUGAAUAACACUGCCACCCCUAAUGAUUUAGUACUGUAAAAAGCCGUAAAGUGGCUCAUGGCUGAAGGUCGUCUAUUGUAGUGUAGUGGCCUGUAGUUUUGUACAGUAGAAUAUUAGUUAUGUUAGUGUGGCAGGGGUGUGUCCACAAUUUUUUGACUUGAGGGGCCAGACUGGGGCACCGACUUUUGCUGGGAGGGCAUGAUUUAUGUUAGUGGAAUUGGAUUGAAUUUUACAAAUUAAAUAUCUGUCUCCACGAUUAUAACUACUAUAAUUAAUGCAACCAAGAAGAGUCAUAUUCCUGUGUAUUUGUUGGCUCUAAAAGGUCAGAGAGGGGUAAUGUUAAAUUUGUAAGACUUAUUUCCUGGCCACCCUGUAGACUCACCCCUGUAGAGCAGCCCAUAAUACAGCACAGUGUAGUAGAGUGUCCCUUGAGAUGUUAGUGUAGAAUAUUGUAACCUGGCCUGUAGUGUUGUUGUGGCAUGUUGUACCCAAAGAAAACCGGGCGCUAGUCUGUAUCAUAGUAGUUUAUAAUGUCAUAAACUGGCCUGUAGUAUUACACAAUAGAACAUUGUGUAAUACACUGUAUAUUGUUUUUUCUUGUACAGUGACUUGUAGUAAAUCACAGUAGGUUUUGUAGCUGUCUGCAGUAUAGUACAGUAUGCUGAUUGGUAUAAUAUAUUGCCUAUAAUAAAGGGGAGCUGUAUGUUGUACAGUAUAGUUUAUGGAAAUUGCUCUAUGAUAUACAAAGAUGAUGAGCUGUCGAGAAAGAACACUCAGCUUCUGGCUUAUGUUGUUAAACAUGAUCAAAUUUAGCAUACUAGGAUAUCUGACUAUGGACUAUAUUAUUAUUAUUAUUAUUCCAUUAAAGGUACAGUGUGUAAUACUUAGCAGAACAGAUUUAGUAGAAAUGUUAAUGCUCUUUAGUAUGUUUAAAUCAGUGCGUAACCACCUGAAUAUAAAUUAUGCUUUUGUUUAUUCAAUAUUAGACUUUUGUAUCUACAUAGAAGCUGGUCCUUUUCCACUAAGGCACCACCAUGUUUUUACUGUAGCAUGGAACGGACAAAAUAGUAAAAUUUGCUUUUUGUAUCAGGGAGUGGCUGCGCUAAACGCACUGAUUGGCAGGUAGAGUGUUUGCAUGGACAGACACUUUUGUUGGUAAAAACUUGACAAAAAGAGAAACAUAUUUGUGAUGCAUCUUGGGAGCUUUUUGUCCUUGAUGGCCACCAUCUUACACCAGUGAGAGGGGUGAGCAAGGGAGCAACUCAGUUUAGAAUAUGACUGCAAAAGAUUCUUAUUUCUACAUGUUGUACCUUUAAAUUUAAAAUGAAAAACACCUGAGUAAAAAAGUAAAGUGAUACAGUACAUUCAAUUUGUUGUUCCAGGUUUUAGUCAAGUCUUGAUAAGUCAUCUUCAGUAUUUUGGCAUGGCAGAUUUAAAUUAAUCAUUAUUUGCAAAUAUAAAUCAGGAUUGCAGAGGAGGACACGUAAUAUGUCCUUUCGUACUACUGACAUAAUGAAUCGAACCCUUCGACAUUUCUGUUUAUCAGUUUGGAUGAUAACACCAAACACUUUCCAAUUACAGAAACUCCUUUAUCUUCUUGUGAUUGUAAAUAUAACCCACCAGCUUUAUGAUCAUACUUACACCAUUAAUCAUCUAUUUUCAGAAAUCAGACUGGACUUUGGCAACUAUCUGUGUUGGUUGGCAUUUUCUGGAGUGCGAUUGUAAUUACAUAAGACCUUAACUGCUCCGAUUAUAAGGUGUCUUGUAUCAGUUAUAUGGGGACCAUAUAAAAGCCAAGGUGUACAUCAGUCUGAGAUCAAACUCUUCACAUCAGUGCUGAAAGUCAACCACGGACUGUUACAUAAUUCAGAUUUUUUCCCUUUAUGUAUAAGCUUAUUUAGCCUUAGAUUAAAGUUUGUGUUAUGCAUUCACACUGGACCAGAAUCCACAUUUUAAAGGACAAAGUGCUGAUCAGGAUCCAGACCUGAAGUGUCGUCGACUCCAUGAUGACACAUGAUAAAAACAGACCUCCUCCACUUUCAGUUUUUAAAGCCUCUUGUCACACUUAAUACCAGCCUGCAUGUAUUUGCUUAACUUUUAGCAGCGUAAUGCUUCGUUACUGUAUAUAAUAAGUGGCUGCCAGUUUAAUUUCCUGAGUAAACAGCUCUCAGUAAUUACACACAGGAAGAAAUGGCUCAUCCUAAUGAAGUCACACAGGGAAGUGUCAUACAUUCUUCCCUGAGCUGUACAGUACUGAGUGCGUGACCUGUGUUACUGUGUCAUUAUGGCUACGGCGGCCUGCUUCACCUCUAUAGACUCACUAUUAUUUUUAAGCGCUCUGCGUCCUGGUGCACCAGAGAGCUUCAAGCGGGAGCCGCAGGCACACUUCUGGUUUUUCUAAAGAGGCCUUCGGGACUUUAUACCCUGCAGGUCUGCGUUAGGAAUCCUGUUGCAUGCCAGAGGACUGAGGUGGUUUGUGUUCCUCUGAAAGUGGACACCUUUCAAAUAGUGUUGCAUUUCAAGGCAACGUAUGCUGGCUAAUCUGGGUCACUUUAUGUGUUUGUAUUUGCUGCAGGUGUUUCGCUGAAUAGUGACAAUCUUAAGGAAGUGUUGCUGAUUCGCAACUGGCUGCUGUGGUCUGCUCAUACUGGAACUGGUCACAUUUGUGGUUGUUUAUGUGGUACACAGCUAUCUGUUUUAAACUUCAAUAUGACUUUUUUAACAGACAAGGACAAGUGUUCAAAAUCAUCUUAUUUCUUUAUGGUUUGGACAGAAAUUUAAACUCUAAAGACAAGUAAUAAGGCUACACACAAAGAUCACAGAGUCUUUGCAGGUUGAAUAAGUCAUAUUUGUUUGCUGAGUGGGGCUACCAUCAGCAGAGCUAGCACCCCCAUUUUUCAUCGACCGUACAGCAGUUUACAUAAGCGCCUCAUGUAUGGCGGUUCGCCUCGAGCGUGUCUCCUUUCCUGCAUGUCACUCCUUCUUCCCUACUCUGUCUACUGUCCUGUCCUCCAUAAAUAAAGGCAAAAAAACCCAAAAAGCUAAGGUCUUCAUGUGGUACACAGCUAUCUGUUGCAUGAGUUGUAGUUAGUCUGCUGGGCUGCUAAAAUCAUUAAGUUUAAAAGUGGCCUAAUUAAUUCAACUUUAAUUCAUUUUAAGUGACUUUUUUAACAGACAAGGGAAGUGUUCAAAAACAGCUUAAUCCCCUAUGGUUUGGACAGAAAUUUAAACCCUAAAGACAAAGAAUAAGGCUUCAGAAGAAUACCACACUCUCUGCAGGUUGAAUAAGUCAUAUUUGUUUGUUGAGUGGGGCUACCAUCAGCAGAGCUAGCACCCCCAUUCUUCAUCCACUAUACAGCAGUCUACAUGAGCGCCACAUGUAUGGAGGUUAGGCUUCAAGCGUGUGUCUCCUUUCCUUCAUGUCACUACCUCUUUCCUUGUCUGGUUACUGUCGUGUCCUCCCUAAAUAAAGACGAGAUAGCCCCCAAAAUCUUUUUAAAAAUCGUAACAAGCAUUACAUGUUAAUGAUGAGAUUGUAGGUUGGUUAAUGUCAGUUAAAACUAAGAUAGACGUGAUUUUUCUAGAUAGAUGGAUAGAUAGAUAAAUACUUUAUUAAUCCCCACAAGGGGGAAAUUCAGCAGCAAUUACGAAUGAAGAAAGACAAUGAAUAUAGAUAUAUAAAAACACUCUAAGAGCCCACGACUAAAACCCCCACACAGUUAGUGUCCAGUGUCGUUUUGUUGUUGCUUUUACAUUUUGGUCAGUUUCUUUUUUUACGACUGAAGGAUAAUGCAACAUAUUAAUCAAGUGUUGUCCUACUUCAGGGCACACUGAGAUCCAAACUCCUGCUUGAAAGUCAAAACAAGCUCACUAUCAAACACACCCAACCAGAGGACAAUGUAUAAAUUCCUUUAAUAGAGUUCCUUUACACUUUAUAUUUUAGUCCAUGAGCACAGGAAUACAGGGAUGGGAACUGGAAGGCUAGUUCCUAUUAUUUCUUGGAAAGGAAGUGACUUUAUUGUUAGGUCUCUUGGAUCAGAUUCUGUACAGGCCUGCGAUAACAUCUGCUACAGCUUUUCUAGAUGUCCUUAACUGUCCUUAACGUUUCAUAUCUCGGCCUUAUCAAACUACGUGAGCCUGAACAACAGGCUGCCAGCUAUGUGGACACGAAUGAUCACAGGAAUGGGCCGAGCUAGGCUAACAGAUAGCUGCUCGAAAGUCACUGAUUGUUUUGUCUUUUUGGUUUUGUGCCACUUCCCACAUGUGAAGCUGUAUUUUGGAAAAGCUUACUCAUCCACAGAGGCACACGGAGUGGACCGUGUCGCCCUGUUUGCCCUCGUCUUUGACUACAAGCAGAGUCAGGUGAACUUUGCUUCUGUCUAAAAGGGUUUUAUCAUUGACCACUGCUGAACUUUGCUACUAACUGCAGCAGAUUCCCGGCUGACACAACAGCCAACAGGAGCUCCUGGAGUAUGAGUUAUUGUCAUAUUUAUGAUACUGAUAGCAGCAGGGCCGCGAUGUGAUUCGUCUUGAUUGUAUCAGCUGAAUCAAAGUGAGCCGCGCCACAUCAGAGGGACGUUGGACUAUGUUUGUCCUCCUACUUUUGCUCACUGUAUUAUAUAAACUUUAUCAAGAGCCUCUGUCCCUGAAGAGAGGGCUAUAAAGUUCUUCCCAGCUUCAGUAAAAAUAAAAAAAUCAAGGAGGCUAAUUUUAGCUGGAUAUCAUUUGGCUGUUUGCCUCGUUUCUUUUACAGUACACGCUUUAGUUACAGUCAGAGCGGCCGGUGAUUGUUGAAGAUUUAUGCAAAGGAAAGAGCAGAAAACCCAUGCUUUUUACUUUAUUUAAUGUAUUUAUUUAAGCGCGAUAACUCUCCUGAGCCUCUGUUACAUAUAUUUCCACAUCAGGCCUGAGCAUUGUUGAGAGUUGCUCAUGGAUCAGCAGCUGCUUUAAGGGCCUCACAGGCUCUGAUAAUCAAACUCCAAACACUCACAGCGAGGUUUCCAUUUGCAGUACACGUCCGCUAUCAGUCCUAAAAUAGUAAAAAUAUCUUUGUCAGGCUUUAUAAACAGAGUUAACAUGUAGGGGAGUAUUUUUAGAUUGUUGUAUUGCUGUGUUUACUUAAGUUAAGGAUGUGAAAACAUCUCCGAGCGCUGCACAAGCACACAAGCUGACAGAGGCCAUCACUUACAGAUACCGUAAUGACAGUUUGAAACUCUGCCACAGACUUGUUUGAAGACCAAAACUAAAAGGAAAGCCGCUCUCAGUCUUAACUUGGAGCUAAUGUUUUAAAAAGAACUCAAUUACCUCGUUAAAAUACUUCAAAAAUUAAAUUUUCUUCUUUUUCUUCACGAAUGAAGUCAACAUCAGUAACAAGCAAAUAUAAUAACUUGUUUUUUCCAUGUCAAAACUGUAACUGUUGUAAUGUCUCUUAUUAUGCUGAAUGCUCUCAGUGUACGUGCAGCUCUAAUUUCUACAUCAUAUUUGUUUGAGAUGUACUUUUAAUCACAAUUUGCUCACAAACUGGUUAUAAUAAAGUCAAAUUCUGAUCAAAUAUGAUCUGAAAUAAGUGCAGACAGGCAUGAAUUUGAUUUAUAAUCCGUACUUUAACUUUCAAUAUACUUCUUUCAAUCCCUAAAUGAUGGAAAUAUUACUUUAACUUCAUAUUUAAUCUACUUUUACUGAGUGCAGGUGGAACUAUGUUCAAAACGGUAAAGAAAAAACACUGUUAUAUAUAUAAAAAAAACACUACCUCCUUACAUGUUUGAGUCCCACAUCAGCAAGUUGAAGUGAAAGCAAAAGUGUGUAUUAUAAGCAAAUUGCAAACAUGACUAAACAGAAAAACGGGUCUAUAUUUGAUAGUGAAAUGUGGCAGAAUUAAUUAGUAUUUAAAGGUGUACAUUACUGAGUUUUAAAUGACUCUGCUUCUCUGUAUGUUUUGAGUUAAUUCACUGUUUGAGCACUUUUUUCCAGUGCUACAAUGGCACCAAUUAAUAGUGUGGUUUUGUAAUUACCAGAAAAGACUUGGUAAAAAUAAAAUAUAAUAUUCAGUCCAUUGAAAUCAGUGUAUAACAGCCUCAGUAUAAAAACCUUAAAUAUUUAGUUUUAUUUACUUAAAAUUAUCCUUUAUAUCAACAGAAGCAGGCCCAUUUUAAACGAGGCUUCCAUCUUCUACAGUAACACAGAGGAGACAAACAAGUUACAUUUGUGUUUUUGUAUUUUGUAAAUAGAUGUGCAAAAGGACAAAAAAGAAGAGGGCAGUUGUUGUUCUGCGCUCAUGAAUCUGUGCUGAUAUAUAAAAAUAGAGGAUCAUAUUUAACAUACUUCACAAGAGCUUCUUGUCCUCUAAGGAGACUAUUGAUCCACCAACAGGAAGGGUGAGCAAGGGAGCAGUCCACUCUUGAAUCUGAGUUUAAUACAAAAUACCGCAAAAUAUUCCUGUUCCUACUCACUGUACCUUAAUCUGAGGGCAGCUGAUGGCUAGCCUGAGCGUCCUCUGACUGCAUAGGAACGGUGUAAAAACAGUACAAAAAAUGUAAACAUGCAGAGUGGAAAAAUGCUGCUGGUUACUUCAGAUAUAAAAAUAUAAAUUCAGAUUAUUUGUCACGUGUUUACUGUGAUAGUGAUGAAGUUGCAAUUUACCGUGCAGCCCUGUGGUGUAUUUGUUUGGUAGAAUAAUGAUAAUGUUAACAUAUUCUUCCCCUUAUGUUCCCAUUGUGUAUUUUAUAUGUAAAAUCUGAACAUACAAAGUAACUGAAGGUGGAGUUAGGUGCAACACUAUAUUCUUUAUUAUAUUAUGAUGAAAUAAUUAGCUUGUAAUAAAGAAAACAAGUGCAACACAAUACAUAAAAUACACAAAACUAAUAGGACAGGAUAUAAAAACAACCUUAACUUCUCUCUUCAAGCAAUUUUGUCAUUUAUUUUUUGUAAUUAAGUUUGGUGGUGCUAAAGUCUCCAUUUUUAAUCUUAAUCUAUUUCCUAAUUUACAUCAAACUCAUCCUUUUCACUCUUAGAGAAUAAAUCACUAUUUAUAAGGUUGUUUCAUGCUAAAUGUAGACUUUAAACUCUCAGGAUUGGCUGUUAAAAGCUCAAACUGUUAAGACCACACAAGAUGAGACAGCUUUACUUAAAUAUCAGUCAAAACAUCCCAAAAUAAACGACAGUAAACGCAACUAAAAGGUAGUUUAGUGUCAUUCAAAUUGAGCUAAUAUUAGCCACAGCUUGCAUGUGUGCUGUAUGGACUCUCACCACUAGAGGGUGCUGUGGGACAGCCACUACUUUUGACCUUGCUCUCUGAGGUGGGGAGACUGGAUCUCUCCCCUCUCUUCCACAGUGAGGCUGGGAGGGAGGGAGGGAGAGUGAGUGGGGGUAAUAUUUUCACACCAGUGUUGGUGAAGUGAAGGUUCCUGUUGUGAUUUUCAUGCUGCACAACUUUGUCGUCCUCUUGUCAACACAAGUAUUUGCAUUGUGUUUGCGUAAUGGAGACAAUAGCUGCUCACUCUCUGUUACAUGUUAACACUGGUGAUCUUUUACAGUUGUCUCAUGCUUGUGAGUGAUUUGUGAGCGUAUAUGACAGAAACAUGCUGCACGAUAGUUUAAUUUUCAGCUGGAAAUGCAACAGUGCAGUAUUAUCUGUUAGCCUAGCAUUAGCUCACUGCUGAGGGUGACUUACUUACAGAAGUUUAACCAGACGCUCUGGAAUAAAAAAGACUUCCUUCUUGGUCUCAAACACUUGACACAAACAUUAAUAAUGAAAUGUGUCUGCUACUGUUACCUUAAGUAACACAAUGAUUGUCUACAUGUGAAGUGCAGCGCAGGUUACAGAAGAGUCAAACCUUUACAUAACCCACACUCCCAUUUCAGCCUCAUAGAGAGGAAGCCACACAAAGCUAAACACAAAUGUCAGGCAAUGCUAACAACAGUGACAUGUGCUCUGUUUGCUCCUUAUUGCACAAACACAGCGCUGUCGUCGCUACUUUUUCCUACCAGUGGAGGUGAAACCUAAUCAGAUUUUAUGAACAUGUAUUUCUUUAAAUAAACUUUAAAGUGAGGUUCACACAAGUUACAGACAAACUUCAAGUCAAAGGUUUAUUUUUCAUGUUUUAGUUGGGAUGUAUUAGCACUCAGAAGUUACUACUUUCCUGCUCCUUUGAACACUGUUGUGCCUUAUGUUAUAUAUAUUGGCAUAUACUUAUUAUGGCAUGCUUUACUAUAACUCUGUGAGAACCUCAUGAAACUGCAUGUCUUGUUUAUUUUCUGUAACACUUCUAUUUUAUCACAGUACCAUAUUUUUUUGUAAAGUAUCAAGCCUUUUUUACAAAAAUGUUGUAUUAGUUUUGUUUUGCCAAUCUGCUAACUAAAGAAAAUCAUCUUUACAUACUUUAGCCAGUGUAUGAAUGUUCAUUCAGUCAGUAUGUGGGGCUUUUUGUCUCGCUCCAGGCCAUAUAAGCAGGAAAAGAUUGAAUCUAAUUCAUUUUCUUUAAGAGUCUGAAUGAUAUAAAAGCUAUAGAAGUACUUCUCCAUCCCUCUGUCUUUGUGGCUUCCUUUAAAAACAUAUCCACUGUUUGCUUAGCUGCAAACUCUUAAUAGGAUUAUGGAGGUUAAAUGAUGAUAAAUUCACUGGAAAAUGUGAAGUGACGAAGAAAGGCUGAAAUAGAAGUGAGGAAUAUCAUGUUAUUCCUCCUUUGAUUUUGUCUUUUUAAUAAUUUUAUGACUUUUUUCAUCCAUUUGGGGUCAUUUGAGUUAAUUUUCUUCGCUGAAAUUGAAGUAAAAGUUGCAGUACAAAAACGUUUAAACCAUAUAUGUAAAAGUUGUGCAUCAAACAUUUCCUUGAUUGAAAUAUUGAAGGCAGGUGUUUGUUUUCUGAAGAGGCCCCCCUUCCUGUUGGAAAUGUUGUUCAGAAGCUCAGAUAACCCUUUUUCAUGACUAACUAAACGCACAAGUUUGCGGUGUUUGUGCUCUACUUUAGUGUUUCACCUAACUGUGUUUUCCUACUUUGACUAAACCGCAACAUACACUUUUUCUGCGCUCAAGUUAACGGACAGCUGUGGUGACUUGUUGCUUUAGCAGAUUAAUUCUAUCCAAACCAAAAUUACGACCAUGUUUGAAAACUUUAGCACUCUCGAUAAAAUGAUAGAUAAGUUCAGAUGAGCUACAAUUCAGCAUUCAUACGCUGGUAAUCUUCUAAUAUGGAAACGCAUAAUGUAUAAUAUAUAAUUUUACCAAUGAUGCAGUUACUCUUCAAAUGUUAAUGCCCGUCAGAUAUUUUGUACUGCUACUAGUUUGUGAUGGAGGAAGUAUUCACUACCUUUAUUUCAGUAAAAGUGAUUUACUGCGCUUGAAAAAUACUCCAUCAAAGUACUGCAAAAUAUUCUGUUUGUGGAAAAUUAAGUUACCAUUGAAAGUUAGUUUCAUUGUACGUAUUGGAUAAUCCUCAAUGUUUAGGGUAACUAAAGAUUUCUAGUAUAUGUAAUGGAUGAAAAAGUGCAGUAUUUCCCUCUUAAAUGCAGUGUUAAUACAGAGAAGUAUAAAUGCAGAAUAGUAUGAGUACCACAAGAUGUUUUUAAGAACAAACUUUGAGUAUGUUUCCUUUGCCAUCCCACCACUACUUAACUGUAUUUUAGAAAAUGCAAUACUGUAAUACGGUUGUGUAUAAAGUACAUUCACUCAAGUACUGCUUUUAAGUGGGGUAACUCCGUCCUCAGUGACUCUGUUUUUAAUAACUUUAUUUCUCUAUUUCUUCACACUUUGGAGGGAAACAAAGAGCAUUUUCUUGUCUACACUGAUGUAUCACAACUAUUUAUUAACCCAAAGUAUAUGUAAAUACUGCAACUCAAAACACUGCAACAGCACGAAUUCUACUGUCAUGAUCAUAAAUCACUCAAUAUUUUAAGGCUCAGUGUAAAACACCCCAAAAAGGACAAUGAACACUUAGAUAUGUGAUACUUACAUUUUAUUUGGUCCUCUGUCAAAACUAGAGUAAUUUCAAGUUGUAGAAUGUAACUCAGUGCAAGUACUGAUACUGAAGUAUAAUUAUUUUACAUGUACCUGUUAUACUUAACUUGAGGAUUCUUAUUUUAAUAAACGUAUAAUUUAUUAUCAGCUGAAAGCAGAGAUUCAUAGAUUGUGGAAAUCAUGUUAUAUAUUGAUGUUAAGAACAAAUACAGGAGAUAGCCCAAUCUGACUCUGAUCUGUUUUGCAUUACCUCUUGGUGAUAUUUGUGUCUUUUUUGACAUAUAUAUACAGUAUAUGUGUAUUUAUUUUUUUCUUAAAAGUCCCUGAAACAUAUCUUACAGACUGCAUGUUGCCGCACUGUUGUUGCUGUUUCCCAGAGACGGUGUAACAAUACCCCACUGUCAGCUUUUUUUUUUUUUUUUUUUUUCAUAUUUGUUCUUGAAAACAAAGUUUGACCAACAGAGGACUUCUUCUGCUCAAUAAGUAAACACUUCUCUGAAUUUGGAUUCAAGUAUUUUAGCUUUCAAGUAAUAAAUUGAUGCAAAAUAACAGAUAAAUACUUGCUGCUGGCAUUGGUGCAUAGCACGUAAUUUAUCGGUGGGAUGAUGCCUGUCAACAGGGAAAAUAUCAGCUGAUACUGAUGUGAAUGUUAUACAACAGUGCAUCCCCAGGUUAAGAUUCAAAACCCCAUACAAAGCAGAAUUUUUUUUAACCUUUCUAAGUUAGAAAAUUUAAAAUAAAACGUAUUAAUGUAUUUGGGGUUUAAUAAAAUGAAAUAGAAUUUAUCUAAAAUAGCUUAAUUAUGCAUAAUGGUAGGACACUUUAUUUUCCUUAACUCAAAUAAGUCCUUGAAUGCAAGAUAAUGUUAAAAAAUUUCACUAAUUCUUUAAAAUUACUUCUUUCAUUACUUUUAGGUACAACUACUUUGAUAUUUCAAAGGAUCAGAGUGGUUGUAGAGGAAUUAGUAGUCUCCAUUUUCUCAAAAACAGCAGUAUUGUCCUCAAGACUUAACUCAGUUUAAGUAUUCGGGCGCCUCUAUGAGUAAAAAAGAAGGAGCGGACCUCUAGCUCCUUAUAGCCAAAUUAUACAAGUUUGCAGUUCUUGGUUUGCAGUAUAUUUUAAUAAAAAUAUUUAAGUUGUUUGACAGAGAGUUUUAGGUGCAGGACUGUUUGUUACAAGGCUAUAUUGUUCUUUUUACGUUCUAUACAAAGUUCAUCAACUAGGCUGCUUGCUAAGACUACUUUCACUUUGGUAAAGGGUAUAAGUGCUUCUUGCUUCUCAUAUUAUUAGUCCUAACUCUUUCAAGGACUACUAUGAUGGCCCCAGACCUGUUAUGUAUAAACUAAAGAGAUAGGUUAAACCCAGAGCACACACAGACGCUGUAAAUGGGUUGCCAGUUUGGGUCAGGGCCACCUCACAGACUGGAAGAAGAGACCCAGCCCCUCUCUCCCUCUCUGUGUAAACCACCAAAGAGGCGUCCGGGUUUCCACCCCCUUUUUUUUCUUUCUACCGAUUAGUUUGAUAGCAGGAUAGCGGAGGACUAAAUCGGGGAAUGGCUCCUCUCUCUUUGCCUCACAAGUUAUAAAAUGCUCUAUCUUUGCGGGUUGUUAACGUUACAGUUUAACGCAGGUUUGUUUUCCACCUCCACGGUCCACGGCUACUUCCUGGUGCCACAGAGAGAGGCAGUGCUGAGUUAAAGAGACAGAAAUACUGAUAGAAAUUCAGAUAGAAAAAAAAAUACAGAGAGAAGAGAGGGGUUGGAGACGCGAUAGGAACAGUUGACUGGAUUCCCUCAAAUUGAAAACCCUCUCUCUCUCUUCUUAUUUAUAUGUAUUUUUGAUAUUUCUCCGUUUCACCGAGCCGUUAUUCUCCGUUGGUUUGUAAACUAACAAACGGUUUGGAUGACGGUUGGCUGCGGCUAAAGCGGAAUUGUAACGGGGAACAUAUUCCUCCCCUCCGACGGAGAAGCCUCGCAGAGAUUUUUUCUCUCCUUUUUUUAUUUUACAGCAGACUCAUUCCUGUGUUAUUUUUAAACUCACGAUAGGUGUCAUUUUUUAUAUAUAUUUUUUUGUUUUUACGAUUCCACAAGGAAGGGUUAGGGCGACGGAAGAUGGGUUGUUUGGGCAACAGCAAGACUGAAGAUCAACGCAUCGACGAAAAGGCACAACGAGAGGCUAAUAAAAAGAUAGAAAAACAGUUGCAAAAGGAGAGACAAGCGUAUAAAGCCACACACAGGCUCCUAUUACUCGGUAAGGCUGAUUUACAUGUGAUGGCUGUCUGAAAUGUGAGCUAACCGUAAUCCCUUUCGUUUACCGAACACGUAGCCCCAUUUGACAGCGCGUGCAAUAAUAUGUCAUGGGGGUGGAUAUUGAUGGAAGCGAGCCUCCAUAUCAUACAAUAACCUGCCUUUUAUAUCUUAAUUUUAACCGCUUUCUCUGAUAUACCCUAGUCGUGUUCAUUCUGGUGAUAUUUUUUAUUUUUUCUCGAAGGUGCGGGAGAGUCCGGAAAAAGCACCAUUGUCAAGCAGAUGAGGAUUCUACACGUCAACGGCUUCAACGCAGAGUGAGUGCUAUUCACUAUCUACUUCAUAAAUACCCAUAUUAACAGCUCGACAACGUUAUAAAUGUUCGUUCUGGUGGCUUUCCUGCUAAUGAAUAACACUGUCGAGGCCAGAAUAUAGCCUGUGAAUGGAUUUUCCCCAGGCACUGCAGCGCCUGUUGGGCCCAGUAUCCCAUGCAAAGCAGCUAAUAUCUCUCUCCAUGGGCGUCGUAGAGGGGGGAAAAGUGAGACUGACCGCCCAGGGCCCCCCAAUGAUAGAAAGAGCCACCAAUGGGUCUAGAAUAGAAAUACAGUAUUUUAGCAUAUUUCUCUUCAAGUUAUAACUAGCAUAAGUAAUAUAAUACGAGCUAAAUGAAUGAUAUAGACAAUAAUACAGCCUCCUUUCACCUCUAAUAAAUGCAUAAACAAGUCUAUUCUGUCCGAUAGUGGUCUUGAUAUAUCCGGUAUGAAUAGCAGUUUCCUCAUGGCAGGCGACGAUGGUUUUAGGGAUUUGUACAAACUCAUUAGCUUGUUGCUAAGAACAGAAAAGCAGAAGCAUGAAUCUCCAGUGCAAUACUUUUAAGUUUUAAGUGGUUGGCCUGUUAAAUAAAGGAGAACUCAAACAAUUGUGUCUUCCUAAAACAUAACUCAGGAGAUUGAUUAUCAUUACCGUUACAUUAGUGUUGAUAACUGCCUUGCUGAUCUCGCCCCCUAAGUGUAUAGCCUUCCUGUUUUAUUCCUCUGCUCAAAUGUUUUCAUUUAUAAGUUAUCUUUGUGAUGGAAAAUUUUAAAAAGGCUCUUUCGAUAGCAUGCAGUUUAUCAGUUUAGCCAACACCUACUCCCCCUCAGCAGUUUUAGACAUUACAGAUAACCGUAUACAGUAGAAGCAGCUAAUCUUUAUCGUGACGGUCUCAUUUGCUUGUCAAAGUCAUUAAAGGGAUCAGUUUUGGUUUCGUACUGUUUUGUGACCAAUUAAAGUCUACCCACAGGACCAGUAAUCUAAAAAUAAGAAUACAGACAGGAUGCUACUAGCUGAAGACUGUGAUAAGUUCUCAUAAAAUCGAUUCAUGAUCUGAAUAAAGGAUGCACAAUAUUUCCAAACUAAUUUUUACAAAUACCAAUACUGAUACUGAUACCGAUAAUGAUAUAUAUAUAUAUAUAUAUAUAUACACCUAAUUUCUGAUUGUAAAGAAAACCAAUCCUCUCCUGCACUAGAAUUCACCAGACACUUUUAUUGUGAUGAUAGAAAUAGACUUAAAACAAGAAAAAAUAACAUGUGGCUCCAUCAUAAAUUACAUAUAUAUACACAUUAACUUUUCAAGUGAAAACAUCCUCAAUACAAGAGGAAAUGUCAAAAAAAUAAACAUGCAUUCAUACAAAUCUGCAAAAAUACUGAAAAAUUAUCCAUUCCCCGGAAAAAUGCUUGUUAUAUUCACUUAGCAUCAAUACUUUUCUCCUUAUUUUUAAGGUAAUCUUUUGACUUAAACUCUGCUGUAUUGACUUGCUUACAUGUUUACAGUGACCAGGGUGUUUAGGUAACAUUUGUGGUCACAUUCAGGACAGUUAUAGCAGAGAAUAUAAGCACUCAGUUUGAUCCAUUGCAUCUAAAAUAGGGCGUUUAUCUCUGUAUUCUCGAAUCUAUAUGUUGAUGUGUAACAUUUGAGUUAGUUUUUCAAACCUUUUCUCAGGUAUAAGUGAAAUGAAAGUGUGGAUAUUGCUAUCGUGCAGGCUUGGAUUGGGCUUUGAUGUAGGGGUCAAAAGUGGUAUCUCCAGGCAUCCAGGAUUCCUGGUGACACCCCUGGAGUCUCUUCCUACCACCUUCACCACCCCACCCUCACCUUUUUCAUUUUUUACCUGUGUUUAUUCACACUUAUUUCACACAAAUGUAGGGAUCUAUGUGUUGCACAGACGCCAAACACUUCCCUGUUUCCUGUUUCAUGUGGGAGGGUGAAAGGUUGGAUCGACACAGGCCUAUUGAUGAUUUGUUUUGCUGCAAGGCCUUGCAUAGCAUUGAUCUUACCAGUGGUCUAUUUAAAACAGGCCUGGGACAUGUCAGGGUGCUGUCACCGUAUAAAAAUCAUCUGAAUAUGUGCAAAGUCAAAGUAUUUAUCUGGACAAAGCUGAUUUUUACAUAACAGGAGGUUAAAUUAGAUCGAUACCCUACAAAGAGAUUAAAAUCCUGUCGACAGCAGGUUAUAUGAAAGCACAUUAUAUUCCUUCAUUUUUGCAUUUUACUGUCACCUGCUCAUCCACUGGGUACAUACUCUGAGCAAACACCUGCACUGUAUGUUUAAUUGCAUGAGAAUACAGUGUAACCUGGCAGUGACCCGGCCUUUCUCAUAACCACCUUGAUGAUAAAUCUUUUGUGGUCUACUGUGGUUGAUUUUUUUUUUCAUGCCUGACACGUCUUUUCCGUCCCCAUGCAGAGAAAAGAGACAGAAAAUCCAAGAUAUUCGGAAAAACGUGAAGGAUGCCAUAGUGGUGAGUUUUUAUGUAUCUCUGUUGUUAGUCUGCGGCCGUUGUCAUCCAGACUUGUAGUUUAUUUUCCUGUUUUCAUCAUGCUUAAUGUGUGUUUUUUUUCUCCCCACAACCUGUUUUGUAGACCAUAGUGUCAGCGAUGAGCACUUUAAUACCCCCAGUCCCGCUAGCCAACCCAGAGGACCAAUUCAGAAUCGAAUACAUCAAAAGCAUAGCACCUCUCUCGGACUUUGACUAUUCACAGGUAAGAUGUUUACAAAGUGUUAGUGUAUGAAGAUAUGAGCGUGUGUGUGUGUCUGUGUGUGAGAUGAACUGCUGUUUUGCAUGUGUGCUUUUUUGAUGUGAGUUUGUGUUUGUGUGGGUGUUGGACGGAUUAUAUUUCUGUUAUCAUGAGCCCUGUGGCCUAAAAUGUAGAUCUUAGCGAUAUAACAGAGGGUUGUCAUAUUGAAAUUAGCUUUAACGGACCUGCUGUUGCUUUUUUAACAUUCUUUUCAUCCCUAAUAGUUUGCGGUCUUUAAACAAAGCCAAGUUAAGGACAUCACUUUCUCGAGAAGUUAUCAAUAGAUGCGUCAAGUGAUUCCUUAGCAGAUUCAAGGGCCUGUUAGGGGUUUGAUUUCUCUCUGUAGCUUCAGCAGAUGCCCUCUGUGUGUCGGUUAGUGUGUGUGUGUGGAUUUGAAAGCAAGUUGGAGCACAUGGGAUUCUUUUUUGGUGUGUGAUGAGCCACUCGAUAGCGCGAGGUCAUGUGUUGGAAAUGUAGAUAAUGUUUUACAUAAUUUUGAAAGCCUUCCUUGUUUUGACAACUGGCUGUGCUGCACUGAACAACAGGAAUGGCACAUUAAAACAGACGACCGGAGGUUUUAAUAAUUCUGUUUUUGUUUGUACACUUCAGACGAUUAUGGGAACCAAGUGGAAGCAAUAAUUAGUUGUUAUGAUGUCGGAGUCAAGCGCAUGAUUUCGUCUUCUGUUGGCGUAUUGAUCAGACCUUUUUUGUGGGUUUUGUUUGAGAUCAUGGUGUUCUCAUUGUGUUUAACUCAGUUACCAAACAGUUAGGGGGGUUUUACCUUUACGCACAAAAGCUUCUUUUUCAGAGCUGGACUAUUAGCUGAUUAGUUACCAUAUAAACUUCAGUGUGGGGCGCACUUUUAUUAUCUUUGUGGUAUUUGAGCAAGAGGAUGCAACCGACCGCUUCCAUACCCAAAACCAGAGACCUAUUAAAGAGGCCCAUUUUAGCAGUGACACUUUUUCAUGCUGUUCUCCCUCAUUAGAUCAUAAUCGUGUUUCUGAAAAAGACAAUGGUACAGACCUCUAAACUUGCUGUAUCAUGUGACCAUGAUUUAGAUUCACCUAUUCCUCAUGACCAUCAAUGCGACUUUAGACUGGGCUCUAAAAAGAUGGCUCCCAGACAGAGUAACACAUCUGCAUAGAAGUUGCACAUUGCUGAGAAGACAAAGACACUUCAAUUAUUUUACCUUUGGGUGCUAGCCACAAACAGACUGCCUAUAUUCCAGGUUUUACGGUAGUUGUUUGGAAGUAGAAGUAUCUUUAACUUUAUUUACAGAUAAUUAAUUUCUGAAGUUUGUCAUUAAAUAUUUCAAAUGUGGGAUUUCCCAGUGAGUAGAUUUGCUUCUUUCAGUUUGAUUUAUGGACCAAGGGUGUGUCCAGACUUUUCCGUGGGUAGUCUACCAGCUGUUUUUACAUUUUCAUGCGAUUGCUCUCAGGUCUUAUCUAUGCCAUCAGCUCCCUCCUUAAAGCAGGAUUUGUUUCUGUGUUGCCGCCUCACAUCUUCACCUGACGUUUCCCAGCUCCCCUCUCUGCAACUUUAUUUAAUGAAACAUCACAAGACUCUCCAUUAAAAGGCUUUGGGUGUUAAUUUCCCGACAGGGCCCCCACAGCGAGAGUGUUAACAGGGCUUCAGCAGCAGCCGUCUGUGAUGUUGUGUUGUGUUCAGGGACGGGGCCAUGGGGAGAGCCGGCGUUGAGUUCCCAGGCCCGGCCAGGCCAAAGGGAACAACAUGGCUCUGUUUGGGCUGUCUGUGCUUGUCAUCAGUCUCAGGCUUCACUUGUGCCGUCGGUGUCACCACUACAUUGUCACUUAGGGCCACCAGGCAUGAUAUCCAAUACAGCAGCGCAGGAACACAGCCAAUCAGCAACCUGUGGCUUUCACCUGUUGGCGCCGGUGUGAAAUGUGGAAGUGUGCUUUUACCUGGAAACUUGUGGAGAGGUGAUGUCAUGGUGAAACAGGCGCAUGAGGGGAAAACCUUGCCUUGUUAAACAUGAUGGUCAUUCAGUUUUAGUAGUUGUUUUAUGGCGAGUUAUUACUAGAAGAAGUAAACAGUAAUCUCUGACUUCCUGCGUAAAAAGACUUCCUCUGUUUUAGUGGAGAAAAUUGUUAAAUCAUUCACUAAAUGCAGAUCAUUUUCUAGUGAUUUCUUAUUAUUUUAAUAUCUUUAAAAGGAAAGUUUAGGCAAAUUUGUGACUUAAUCUCUGUCCUUUACUGUUAGCUCUGUAGUAUAAAGAAUGUCUCUCAUAAUUUCUGUAAACAUGCCGUCAUUUGUUGCAGUUGGUGUCCAAGAAAUCCAUAAAUAUUAGCCCAGAGGACCCGUUUUUAUACUGACUCAGAAUUUCUACAACUGAGGACAUGCAAGUCAGUCAAGAUCAAACAGCCAUGUAACAGGUACUGAGGAAUAGAGCCUCUACUUUAGCACAUCUCCAUUAAUAAUAAUUUGAUACCAUCAUGAAAAGAUUUGAAAGUCAGCUUUUGUUUUAGUAUUGUCAGUACAAAAAAUGUGAAAAAGUUCCAUCUCAGAGUUCAAGGAGCCAAGGCCAAGUCUUUACCUGUCAUUGGAGACUAAAGCUGACUGUCCCGAUCUGAGAGAUUUGAGAGUUUAAUGAAAUAAAUUGCAUUUAUGUUGGGAUUUUUCUUGAUUCUUUUUUUAAGGUUACUGUUUUGAGCUUAUUUUGAUGGGGCAUCUUGAGAUAAACAGGACAUGUAGGGAUAGAGAAGGGUGAGUGACAUGCACUAGAUCAUGCAGAGACCAAGUCCAGAUGGGGUUUGUGUCCUCUGUACUUGGGUUGCUUCCACUGCCUAUCGAGCUAAACUGACAACCCAAUACGCUCAAAACUUUGAUUGAAUUUUUAAAUUCAGUUGUACAUUUGUGGACCUAUUUUUUUACAGCAGGAUCAUAACAUUCAAGUAAGGCUGACUUAGUUGUAUAAUGGACUUUACUGAGACCACAUGAAAACUAAAUGACUCGACUGCAUCAGGCUGGCCAUGGAGAUGAGUCAUCAAACUUUUCCUGAAAAGUCUCUUGUUUUAAGCAAGCGUUUAAAACUUAGAAAUAGAUGAUGAGAUUUGAGUGAAUUUGAUGAAUUAGUAAUGUUUCUGAGGUAAAGUGUUGCUCCGCCUUUGUCCUGCCUUUCUUCAAUUUGACUGAUUUGUUCUUAUAUCAGGAUAAUAGAAUUAUCGCGAUGUUUAAUCUCAUCUCAAAAGUGAUUCUCCUUUAUCAAGCUCAGUUGAUGGUGUUCGUCCUGUAACAUGGUUUUGACAUGGUGAUAUUUCCUAAAUAUUUCCUGCAGGGGAAUUUUUUUAAGGGGGCUGGUGGGGAACUUCAGGAGUGAAAAUUUCAGCUUCUUGUGUUUGCACAUGCCGCCCACCCUGAAAGUUUUUUCCCUCAAAGUAUUCUGCAUGUGUGAAUACAUCCUCUACAGCCUGAUGAUUGCCUGUGCAGUCCACAGUAACAGCCAGGCCCUAUCUUAUAGUAUCUUUACCGACGAUUCUUACUUUGAGGAUGAACAGAAAGGAGUCGUUUCUUAUGUAAUGUAACUUUAUUGGGCAUUGUAAUUUGGACAUGAUAGGGUUGUUAGGUUUUUCCAGUUCAGAAAAGAGAGAACAAUGUUGUGCUGUGUCUGGUUAGUCAAAUGAGAGGACAGCAAGUAACAAAUCAGUGACUGUGUUGCAUCACAGACACUGACUUUUUAAAAUGGGCAUGUUUGUGCCUAUAGUGAUGUUUUGGGAUUGCUCUGUUGUCCAACUUGCAUUAAAUAUCUUAAUUUUCUAUGUUGUUACAGUUAAUUCUUAAAUACAGCCAUCAAACAUCAAAAGAUACUUCAAGAGUUUGAGAUAUGUGAAAGAAAUUAGUUUACAGAUUCAAUUUUGGGUUUUUAAGAUAAGAUAAUAUUUUAUAGAUUCCCAGAGGGAAAUGAAUUUUUCUGGCCCUCCUAACUAGAGACUGUUGCAAAACAACACUCUUCCCUUGUUGUGCAUGUAAAUCGACAGGCUUAGCUUCAGUGGACUGUACUCUUGAUCAUCAAAGCGUCCCUUUUUUUGUAGCAGCUUGGUAUAACAGUAGGCCCAUGGAAAAGAAAGCACUGAUACAAACGGUCGUCUAUGCAAAUGGAAACAAAUGCCACUGUGGUAGCUUUGCUAGCCACCCAGCAGUGAAUGUGUAUCUGAAGUGGAGCAAAUUCAAAUGAGGCCUGGCUCCUGUGUGAGCACGGUGUGGCUUUCUCUCCAUAAAACAUGCCAAAGCCAACCUGUGAUCUUGUCUUCUCUUAUGCUUCAACAAGCAGGUCAGUGUAGCUACUGAUCAGACCUGUUAUGUUCAUUUAUGUACACUCUCAACAAAAAAAACUAGGAUCAGUUCCACGGUAUUAUUUUCGUGUUAUGAGUGACAGCCAUUGUUAAAUCCAAGAUUUGAAUAAUAUACUGCCCCACCCAAUGUUAAACUGAUCUAUUUUAGUGUGUUGGUACAGAAUUACUGCACUAAGGAAAGGUUUAAAACUUCCCUGUGACCUAAUUUAACGUUAUCUGAUGUCAGUUUGCAAACCGACCAUUAACUUUGACAUCCUAUCACAGAACAUGACCGGCUUUUUGUUUAUCAGGGUAACACCUUUAUAGCGCGCUCUCCAGCUGUAAGCUUCUCGUUGGUUUCCUCGUGAUGAACAGCCUCAGUCCUGGAAGUUUGUUUUUCCCUCCAGUUGAUAACUUGAGGAUCUGCGAUAUGGGACAAAGGGUGGCAUGGAGGGCUGCUGCUGCUCUGAUUUUAAACCAUGUUAUGGAAGAUGAUCCGUCUGGAACUGCCGCUCCCUUGUUCCUCUGCUUAUGUUCCUUUUUUGCCAUUAUUAUCUGUUGUUUUCAACUGCAAUAACAGUAAAACUUGACACCUAACUAGGGCAGAUUUGGUCUCAAAUAAGGCAUUAUCCCUCACCCCUGUCAAAGGCAAAAGACACUAUGGACUUACAGUUAUCAAAAUAUUAAUACCUCAAGUAACCAACGACUUCUGAUGACUGUCAAUCAUUUAGUCAACCAAAAAAUCAUCCCUAGUAAUUAUACUAUUGUAGUAUUUUUUAAAAACUUUGCUAUCAGUCGAACUAACCAUCAAGGUCAGUGAGGAGACCUGAAUCCCUCAUUUCAUAUGGAGCCAAGGUGAUAAUACUCUGUUUUGUGGUCAGUGUAGUCUCACAGGUAGUCCACAAACACCCCAUAUUUUUGCAAAAUCCAAAAAAACCCAAACUGGCUAGGGAACUCUAAGGGAACAGAGAAGAAAUUGCCUCUGAAAUGAUUGUUUGUGACGCUUUUAUUUUAAAUUUUUUACUGUCUUGCAUUUUAUUUGUCUUACUUCCUAUUUUGUAAAAAAAAAGCUUUUAUUUUGAAAUGACUUGAAUGCUAUUUCCAGUCAAUUAUAAGUUACAGAACAGUGUGAAAACGGCUAAUAAAAACAUUAGGAAGUACAAAUAUUCAGUGUAUUAGACUUAUUAGUUUUUGAAUUCACAGGAAUGAAUGCAGAUACACUGCAGCAGCUCUGACAUCAAUAUUUUCGUCUUAAAAGACAGUUUUUGUCACAACCAGUAUAUUAUGACAGCCCUGGUUUUAAAUCUGAAGGAGCAGUGACGAUGGUUAGCCAAGGAGCUCGCUGGUUGGCUCCAUGUGGAUGGGUUUUGGCUGUCAGGGCGGAUGUUCCCUUUAAACUGUACUCAAAGAAAUCCUGUCGUGCCAUUGAUACAAGCCGUUCGCUAAAUCAGAUCCAGGCUAUUUUGUUUUCUGUGUCAGCCUGACCUAUAUGAUUCCAAGUGCAAUAUUACAUCAUGCACCAACCUGAUUACAGUGCAACAGACGCUGAGGACGGAGACUCUGUCUGAGCACACCGACCGCUAACAGAGACGUGAGCAUCUUGUUGCUGGUGAUGAAAGUGUGUGUGUGUGUGUGUGUGUGUGUGUGUGUGUGGGGGGGGGGGGAUGAAGUGCAGGGAGUUCUCAGGAAAGAGUUAAAAAAGCUUGUGUUAAAGCAAAUUCCCUCCUGGUCUCUUUGUGUGUUAUCAGUUCCUCUGUAGGGCACUGCAGCACACACUGCAUUUAUUCAAAGGCCCAGUGUCACACGCCUCUGUGGAAAAGAGCCCUGAGGACCAUACCCCCCCCCCCCAUCCCCAUCCCUCUCUCUCUCUGCCCCUUCCACCCUUCUCCCUUCAUCCAGUCCCAUCGCUCACUAGUUUCUCUCUUUUUUUGCUUUCCACAGUCCCCUCCAUGUCUGCUGGUGUAGAAAUUUGGCGAGUGCCGCAGAACUAAUAGCAAUAAGAAUGUAAUCGGCGCUGUUGAGUCUUGUUGAUAUUAGUCGAGGUGGCUUUUUUAAAAGUUCGACUGCAUGAGAAGUGAAAGCAAAUACAGGCGAGAGAGCAAAUAUGGCCCCAUUUUCAGUCAGAGUUUGGUGCGGCAGGUAUACGCUGUCACAGAAAACCUGAGCUGUAAUUGUUGGAAUUAAAAAUAAUGUGUUAAUGUAUGCUACUUUGGCUCAAAGUGUUGAUAUGAUAGCAUCAGUGUUAGGGUUAUUUCUGCCUUGUGCCUGGAGCUUGAGUCUAUAUUUAUCUGAGCCAAAAAAAGGUAAACACAUGCUAAUUUCUCCCUGUGCGAGACAUGUGGACCAGAUCGGUGGAUUUCCUUCCAUGUUGAAGCUAAUCACCGGAUCUGCUCAGAAGAGAUCUCCUGAAGCAUGUGAUCAUUUAUCAGGCUGCUUCUCCCCUCUUCUCCCUUUGGUUUGGGGCUACUUUAACCCUCUCGCAGAGCCAGUGCUGAGAGCAGAGAGUCAUGUGGUUGUUCCAAGCUAGAGGAGAGGCCCAUCAGUGAGACACGUGCACAGGAGGCGACAAGGGAUAUUAGCCCCAUCAUCUUUGUUCAGGGCAAUCAGAGAGUCUUAGGACAUGUUUCAAAGUCAUUGACAAGAUGAGUUCCCCCAUUACGCUCUCGAUUCAGGACUUGUCUUUGACAGUAAUGUACAUGCAUAUGGAUUCUGGCUCUGCGGGUGUGUUGGUAAUAUAGUGCAGUUUUCAGUCAUAACAUGCAAACAUGCCACCUUUGGCGCCUUAUCUUACAGUAGAGAAGAAAGAGCGCUUGACCAGAAAUGUAUGGUUUUAGAUCGGAGCUGUCGCAUCUUAUCUUUGAUUAUCACAAUAUUGAUGGAAAAACUUACUCCAUAAACUUAUCUAAUAAAUUAAAUUUACUUACACGUCAUCAUCCGUUUGCAAGUUCUGUGUUAUUAGUUAGUUAUUGUGUGUUAACGGCCUGGUGGCAGAAACUCAUCAACUUCUUCUGCGAACAUGCCGUUGCUGACUUAUUGCAGCUCAGUCACGUCCAGCAUGAUUUGCGCUGCAGUGAGGUCCUUACACACCGGGACCGACGCAAAUAUAGAUAUACCGUAUGUAUGUUGUAUCUGAACAGGUUAGCUUACGAGCUAAAGUUACUUAGCACAGAUGAAAGUUAAAACAAAGACGUUUAGCAAACUGUUAAAGCACACAAACCAUCGUCAUAUGAGAAAUCCGACACUAUGACUCUCCACAAGUUGUCCUUCGGGUCGUUAUCUUUGUGAUGUUUGUGUUUUUUAUCAAAAAGCACUUUGUUCUCUGACACGUAAACAAUCAGCCGGUCAGCCAUGUUGGAUAUACCAGUGAAUCAGACGUCGCAACAACAUGCAGUCUGAUUGGUCAGAAGUGGACACACAGUAAGCAAAACUUUAGAGAAAUCGAAAACUAAAAUGCCGCAAUAUUGCAGGACGGGAAGACAUCGCUGAUGUGAACGCUUGUAUUGACAGGAUACAGGUUCGAAAAGGAAAAGGACCUGUAGAAGCCACACACUGUGGUAAAGGCUAGUGUAUGUUAGCCCCCAUUUGUGUUGCCUCUUAAAGGAAGAGGUAAUAUCAUAAAAUAGUGACUUAUGAUACUUUUAUUUUGACAUUUUUACAGCACCAAAGGCAAACUAGUUAGCUGGUUAUUUAGCCUCCUUCUAUUUCAUCCUCUCGCCAUUGUUUUUCUUUUUUAAACACUUAAAGUCUGAUGUGCCAUUUUUCCCCUUAGAAAGCCCAAUUUUAGGAGAUAGAUUAGUUUUAGUUUGACUUUGCAAGGGCCACUUUUUACCAUAUCAGGAAUAAAGACUGGAUGCAUCAACACAGCAGCCAACCUGGCUCUAUCCAAAAGGAAAAAGAGGACUUCCAGGCUCUUAAAGUCUCAUUCAUUAACAUGACUUUUUAUUUAAAUAAUGAAAAACAGAGUAAAAGAGCCAGCACUGCUCCUCUACUUACAUCAUACUUAAACCCAGCAUGUUUAAGCCGCCUCUCUGGCUGUAGCACAGGUUGCUACAUGGGGUCUAUGAGCACAGGUUUCACUCGAACUUCCUGUACAGGCCAAAACCUGGCUUUUUUUUUUAAACCAGGAAAUGGUUACCACAAGCAUCUACUGUCAUUUUUUUCCACCUCAGACAUGCAGAGUCAGACUUAGCUGCUUUCCCAUCUUAUCAGGCUAUGCUAGGCUAAACACAUCUCCACUCCAGCUGCAUAUGUAUCCUGCAGACGAGAAAAACCUGUUCAGAAAGCAAAUAAGUUUACUUCCUAAAAUGUUGACCCAUGUGUUUAAGUCACAUAUGGUUCUAAUUCUUGUUGAGUAACAUUUCCUGCUACUGUCUUUGCUGCUGCUGUUGAGCGCUCCUUGAGCAAGGCAGUCUGAAGCAGUCAGUAUGUGUGUUUUAUGUGCUAUAAGCAGGGGUGGCAUGAAGUAUAAAAAGUGUUUAAUCACCCUCUCUGUCUCCACUGAUUAUAUUUACUUUAACUUCUUAUAGUUAUAUCACUUAAAGGUUUUAUUUUUCUGUUUGUUUUCUUAUGCUAGAAAGUAACAUAUCUGAGUGAUUUAACAUUACUGUUAGCUUCAAUGUUUGAUGACUUAAAAAAACAUAAUAUACGGAUUAACAGAAGGAGAUGUGCUAAAAUUGAAAUGUAAAGACAGUGUUUAGCAGCAUUUUGCAACCCAGCUCAAAUACAACCCAAAUACUGUAAGAGAAAAACAGUUUUCUACAUAUUUAAUUAAAAAUAAAAUAAGGUAAAACUGAAAAUAUUACUAUUGUAUGAAAAAUGUAUAAUCUUUAUAAAUAUAAUGUCAGGAACACAUUAAAAAAAAAGCUAAAAAAGAGAGUUGUGUGAAGCUAAAAACAGCUUUCCUACUCUAUUGAUCAAACUGUGACAGGUUAGUGACAUGAGUGGGUAAAAAAAGGGAAUUCCCCAGAUGCUGAAUCUCAUAUUUAAAGAUGGGAAGAGGUCCACCACUCUGUUAGAGACUAAACGAGCAAACUGUUGAACAAUUACGUAACGACAUUCCUCGGCAUCAAACUUGAAAGAGUUUUAGAUUUUAUGAUGUACAUUACGUCAGAAGAUUCAGAGAAUUUGAGGGAUUCAAAACUGGCUACCAGCGUUGUGAUCAUGGCUGUGAUCUAUCGGGCCUUAGGCAGCACUGCAUUAAAAAACAGACAUGACUCUGUAGUAGAAAUCACUGCAUGGGCUCCUUAUCGCAUCCAAAAGCCCCUAUCUGUCCCUGCAUCCAUAAAUAAAGGUUAUAACUGUACCGUGCCAAAAUGGAGCCAAAUAUAAACAUAUAAACAGAAAAAUAUUUUGUUUUUGAACCACUUUUAAGUAAAAACACAGCUUUAAUAAUAUGCAAACCAUCCAUUUUUUUUAACCAACACUUAACACCUUGUCUUGAUUUUUUUAGGAUUGUGGUGGUAGUUUUUUACGUCCUAAACUCUGCUCUGAUAGGGGAAAUAGCCAAUGAAGUCUAGGAUCUCAGAGUGUCUUCUGGGGUGGCUGAUCUCCUUUCAACAGGUUCAUGUCCACCCCUGAACACCCCCUGGACACACCUCUGACUGUUAGUGAAGCGUGAAACGGCAAGUGGGACAUGUGGUUUGGCUGGGACACUGUAAAUGACUAGUCUUUGGAAAAUGUACUGUAUAUACAAAAUGGGCAAUAUAAUUUUCCAUUAGAUUGUUUGUUUGUAUCUUUAUCUAUCCUGUUGUCAUGGAGUGAGAGCUUCGACAACAUUUAAGCGACAGGCUGUAAAUUUUAGGGUCUGCAAAGUGUUGUUUUUACAGUUUAGUGUAAGUCCUCAUACGAUACAACUUUCAAAUCUUCUCAAAGUGCUCUUAGAGAUUUUUGCUGAUCUUUUUGAUCUUUUCUGUCGAUGUCUGCAAAACCCUUCAGCCCACAGCAGCUAGUAGGCAUGGUUUUAGUAUAGGUAGGUCUAAAUGAAGUAUAAAUACAAUAUAGUAAUGUUUGAACUUUUGAGACAGCCUCCUCUGUAUAUUUAUGAAUGAAUCAAGCCCCCUGACCCUUCCAUCAUGACACUGCUUAAAGUUUUGAAUGAAUAAGUGUACAUGUGUUUAGUCUGUUUCUUAACAUUUCUCUGUCUUUUCUCCGCAGGAGUUCUUUGAUCACGCAAAGAAGCUGUGGGACGACGAAGGAGUGAAGGCGUGCUUUGAGAGGUCCAAUGAGUACCAGCUCAUCGACUGUGCACAAUAGUGAGUUCACCAACUUUAAUAGACUUUUAGUGGGAUGAUUUUGGGCCUUGGAAACUUUCACAUUAGAAAAAGAAAUGUUCACAACUACAUACAUUAUGUAAUAGGUCACUCCUGCAGCUAUAAUAAAGGGAGAAAGAGACAGUGUGUUUUUUUUUUUACAGCCUGUACACUAUUGUCACGUCCCUGCUUUGUCCGUCCUCUGUGUCAUGUUUAAAGGCUGUAAGCUCUGCGGUGUGUGCUGGUGUCAUGUCAUAUAUGAAUACGGCUGAGAUAUGUUUACUCUGGGUGUGGCAAGGCAAGCAGCAGUUGUGUUAGUGCUUUGGAAAAUUCUACAUAUAUCUCCUUAUGACGGCUUUUAUCACGUCACCAUGGCGAUAUGCAAAGUCUGAUACGGCCUGAUUGUUAAAUUCAUUGGAAUUGUACUGAUGUAACUUUAGCCGGCCAACACGUGUGAGGAUGUAAUAAUAAUAAUGCUGUAAAAAGUCUGGAUGUGUUAUUUCAGGCUCAGCUGUGGUGGAGCAGCCUACAUGUGGAGUAGAUUUUAGUGUCUCGAAGGUUGGAUAAAAGUUAUGUGGGUCAAGAUUUGAUUUUGUAUCACACAAUUGCACUCCUGAUACCACAGUUAGGUAAUACUGAUAACUGCAUGUGUGGUAAGGAGUCCAAACUGAUGCCUGGGAUUGUUUGGAGGCCUCCUGCAGGUUCUCGGACCACUAUAGGGUGCCGGUUGUACACAUUAGAGGAGCCCUCCUCUUGCCUGUAAAAGGAAGUUUGGAUAUGUAAAGUGACUCACUGAUUACAGUGCUCUCCUUCUGCUUCCUCUCUGACUCACCUCUGGAUUCACAUGUAAAUAUGAGGACAUGUACAUGUUACGAACAGAAGUGCAGCCCACUGGGAGUUGUCCCCUCCCAUCGCAAAGGUUGGCUCCCUUUAUCUGUCAGGGUUUCGGUCAAAGGCACACUUUAUCAGUGACUGGGAAUACUGUGUUGUUGUUGUUUUUUAGAGCUGUGCUCCAUGGGUAUAGCGUUGAGAUGUUUUAAAGAUGGUAUAGCACGUAGACAAUCAGUCUCUGUACUCUUUUCCUGAAUAUCUUCCGUUUCUUGAACAUAAAUCUGACUUGAGGUCAGGUCUUCCUCGGUUUCCCUGCCUGACAGCAGCUUCCAUAGAGAGGAGACAGUCAGGUGAUGGUUGGAGAGUCACAUGAAUCUGUAAGGUGGAGCUGUUACAGUCCAAGGCCUGUGUUUGUCUUUGCUGCUCUGACUCAGUCCAUGUCUGUUUGCAGUGCGGCUUCACAAUAUGUAAAAACGCAUCUUGUGAUUAUUCUAGUCAAUAAUCCGACCUCAUAAUGAUGCCACAUAAUAUCCCCACAAUCAUAAACAUUUCAAACUUGCUUCCUGAACGACUCUGUUAGAUGUCAGUCAGUGCAGCGCUCCUCUGAGUGCUGAAAUCAGAGAAUAUACACUUCUCUGCACUGUAAGAUCUGAAACCACUGAUGCUUGCAACUGGCAGAGGCACUGAUAAUACAGCUGUCCUGUGACAUGAGUAAACAUUAACAGAGCAAAAUGAAGACAGUGAAAAGCAUACACUUUUCUACUGGGCUGUGUAUCAGCAAGAAUACAGCGAUACAGUAUGUGUUACUAUACAGGCAUCACAUUUGAAUACACUGUGAUAUAAAAUGAUGUUUCAGGGGAGAUAUUUCUGCUGUUAUCACCGCCUGUUUCACUUAUAUGUGCUUAAUUUUUCCUGUCUCAGUACACAUCGGUACAUUAGAGUUAAAAAGCUAAUGAAAACAAAAUUUUAUAGUGUGGAUGUGGGUUUAAACACAAGAGAACAGUCAUGGAUCAGUCUAGUGUUGGGCAGUAUGACGGUAUAAAAGUGUCUACCGGUGGAAAUUUUGCUAUUCUGUUUAUACCGGAAAAAGGGAGCAGACGUCUGCUGCGUCUCUCUGAGUCAGUGUGUAGUUGUCUACGCUAACAGGAAAGCUGGAGUGCGUCCGUUUGGGUGCAUUUCUGUAUAUUCACCUGCGUGUCGUGCAGAGUUUGUUCACUCCAUUUGAUUGGUCAGGUUUGGAUGCGCUCCCUAUUAUCACAAGCAUGUCCAAUCGACUGCUUGGCAUAGUUUCUACGAAGAAGAAGCCGCUUCACUGGUGGUGGUCAUGGCGGACGCGGAGAUUAGUGGCAGUACCGAGCAAACGGAGGCAGCCCAACCAACCCAACAUGAGGAAGAACUUGUUCCGAAAAAGUGCAACCAACAUUGAUUGUCUGUAGAUUCUUCGGAUGUAGAAAAUCCGACAAUGACCAAAAAACAAUACUAUGAAAAGAGUGUCGUGUGGCUGUCGUUGCUGGAGGUGGAAACAUCAGCAACCUCCUCCACCACCUGAAGAUAAAACACGCCAAACUCUAUUAUGAGAGCCAAAAGAUGCGUGACGCAUCCGCUGCACCAAAAACUUAAGUUGCAGCAGCUCCUCUCAUACAAAAGAGCUUGGCAGACUAUUUCGCCAAAGAUAUGCCAUAUGAUAAAAAAUCGCCGGACUAGUCUGACAUUUUGUUUGUGUUUGUUUACAAAUCCAAGUUUAAAAAUAAAAGGAAAAUGAACAAAUGCGACAGUAUUGUUAUUUUUAAGCCAUUAAUUGAAUUUACAACUGGAAAAAACAUGGUGAUACUGUUACUGUGAUAUGAAAUUACUCAAACUGUGAUAUAAGAUUUUGUUCAUACCGCCCAACACUAGAUCAUUUAAAGAUAUAUAAGAUGCUCAAGAUUAAGCACCACUUUCUAUAUUUGACAUUUGGAGGGCUGAUUAGGCUCAGGUUUAUAGUCCUCAUUGUACUGGUCCCGGGAUCACAUCAACCCCCUCUCUGUCCCUGUAAUUCCUGUCUCUCUCCUAAGCUGACCCAUCAGACUAAGACAAACUUACUUUUUUGCCACAGUGUAAACAGGCAGUGUGAUUUUUUUUUUUAUAACGUGUGUGAUCAGGUUAACCCUGCUGUAGCUUUUGCAUUCAAGAGUCACCCUUGUAAUGUUGGUUUUGACCAACCAGGAUCAAGUGUUUAGCACAGCUGGGUUAUUUGGUUGGUUAACAGCUUGAGGACUUUUGUAUUUAAGGUCAGUAACUUCUCACAAAGAAAAAUGUUCCUGUUGGCUGAAAGGAUGACAUGGAAAAAGUUACAGUUUGUUGUUGUUUCAUGUCUAAUGUAGAAACUGCCGUUUCAGUUGUUUCUGAUUUGUCAGAAGUUUUGUGGUUUUCCUGCUCGAGUGGUGGUUUAGUUGUUUGCUAGGUGUUGUGUUGUGACGCUGAUGUCUGUCUCUUUGUCUGGGGGUAAUUUUCGAACUUUUUUGUUGCUGUGAAAAAAAAAGUAAGUAAUCUUUUAAUUGACGGAAAAUACUUUAUUAUUACCUAAAAAAGAAGAAAAAAAAAUCACCCAUCUUUGUUUGAUUGAUGUCUGGAAAUUGUCAGACGGCAUGGCCUCUCGCUUACUUCCCCUCUUUUUAACCUCUGAAUGAACCGUGUGGAUGGAGGGCAUGAAUUGUAGAUACUCUGUCCUACAUGGCAGCAGACCUGUCUGUGUGUAAAGGCCCCAAACACACACAUAAAUAUACUGUACACACACACACACACUCACACACACACACACCUAUUGUUGUUAUUCACCACACUGCGCCGUUCCCAGUGUCUAACGUGGAAUAAGUGGCGAUAGACGGCCUGAGUGGCCAACUGGGCAAAAAGAAAGGGAGCAGAGUUCAUAAGGCUUGACUCAGGCUGUAUUCAAACGGAGAUGUUGUUGCAGAAAGUUUGUGGUCUCUCCAUAAUCACCUGCUCCUUUGCCUCCUCUCUUCAGUGCUCGUCCUGAGAGUCAUUCCUGCAAGCUUUCAUUUCUUCUUUUAUUUUAGUUCUCCACACCUGCGCUCCCUCUUAAGUUCCACAGACCUGUGUCGAUGUCUACGCCCAUGUCUUGGAUUACGAAUGUGAUAAAAGUUCUUGCAGCCACUCUGGGAGUAAAAUAAAGAGGAAGCUGGCCUACAUGUGGUUGCUUGUGGGAGGAACAGAUUGGCAGGCAAUGACCUUACGUGCGAACAGUCAAACACAAUAGAAAUACAAUCUUUAAAACCGCUCAACAAAAUCACAUCAGAGGUAAAAAUUAGUCUGUUUUUAGAUGUACACCUCUGCUUGUUGGUUUGUGUUGUCCUUCAUAGACCUUGCUGCCCUGGCAGAUGUUUUUUCCAGCAGGCCGAACGCCGGACGGCCCAUCGGACAAAGGCACAGGAAAUAAGUAUGUGCCGAUGGCGAGCGCUUGUUAUGCCAAAGAGCAUGUCCAUAUUGAUGCUUUUGGAAUCCUGUCACCCAUUGAUCUGCCCUCUGCAUUGCACAUUUAUACGUUUUAAGAGCACAGAUAUGUGUCUGCCAGUUGAUUGAUUAGGAGCUAUUUUCAGCAGCGGUGGGCUGGUUCCAUUGCAAUGCCUUGGAUGUGUCAACGGCAAAAUCAAACACCUUUUCACACGCAAAUGAAUCCAAACUCUCAGGCCUGCUGCUUUUUUUUUUUCAUUUUUCCUCCACGGUGAGUGUUUGAUGCAGUCUGGUAGAAUAUAUGACACAAUUAGUACACUAAGAUUUUAGAAUAUAAGCUACAUUAUGGUUAAACUUGCUGCAGUGUGUGAUUGUUGGUUGUGAAACAGCGUUAGAUUCAGUCUGGGAUAGUAUGGCGCUCCCUUUGUGAAAACAGGAGAGCCAGAGGAGAGCAGCCCCGAAUUUUGAACACCUACUGAAAAACGAGGCAAGGAAAUUACUGAGCAUUACUCAAAACUGACUUUUUACCCCUAGAUCAUAUAUGUUUAAAACCUCAAAAAGUUUUACCUCCUGUACUCGUUUUAUGGCCGACCAUUCACCUUGAUAACUUGAACUCAUAAGAUUGCAGCGUAUUCGGGACACACCGUGUUUUUGGUCCAAUCCACAAGCGAUUAUGGUAAAUGUAGUAAAUGUGAAAUUUAGUGUUUGAGAAAUAAAAAAGUGAUAAAGUCACAUUAAGGUUGAUAAGUUUUGCAGAAGCUUCCCAUUAAAGUAGAAAUAGAUAUAAUAAUAAUAGUAUAAUAAUAAUAUAAAAAUAAUGAUAAUGAUAAUAAUAAUAUAAUAAUAUUUGUGUCUGUGUUCAAACUUACUAUUUAGCUUUUUGCCUUUUUAAUCUACAUUCGAGCAAGUUCCCUUCUACAAGCCGCCAUUUUGCAUCCCCAUGUUUCUAAUGUGACAGAGAACCAGCAAACUAUAAACAAACCUGUUUUUGUAUUCACUGAGUUGAUUUUCAGAAAUGCAUAAAGUAAACGAAGACAGUAUUUGAUGUGCGCAAAAUAAUGUGUAUUGGUAGACAUGUUUUUUAAAGUUAAAAUCGUGACAAAUUUGGGAUCAUACCUAUCAGGCAUCACAGAAGCUUCUUGUCCAUGAAGGCCACCAUCUCUUUAUUGAUGGGAGGAGUGAGCAAGGGGGUCAGACUGCUAAAUAUCAUUAAACAUUCUCAUUUCUACACACUGCACCUUCAGAGCCGAAGCAUUUAAUCGAGGGCAAAACAUUAAAAUAGGAUUGUUGUUGUUUAACAAGACAAUAGGAUCUGUUUUCUUCUGCUGUUUUUGUUCAGUUUUGAAAUGAGAACGCUGAAUUUGGCCACGUUUUUUCUUUUCAAACGAAAUGAUCACCCCCCCCUCUGCUAUUAUCUUCCACAGUCCUGUCUCAAGUUGAUGGUAAUAACACCAGACACAACAGUAAAUACAUGCAUGAAUUCAAAACAUACAGGAUGGCACAACUUUUCUGUCGCUGGUCACACGACAGCACACUUUGGAUUCACUUUUAGAGACUAUAGUCCGACACCUCCUCAUAUUUAAUAACCUUUUGUGCCACUCUUUAGGUUCUUGUAGACUUUACCUCAUGCAGAGUCACUAUCUACAUCAUCUACAAGACUACAGUUCCUGUUGAGUAUGUCCCAUCCUGCUUCUUAUGGAAAUUUACCAGAAACAAAAUAAGCUGGAAAGUUUCUUUUGGCCGCGGGUUCUCUUUCAUGUUGUGGUUUGAGUUACCUGUUGUGAUUGCGGUAACAUGAGCUGAGUUAGCAUGGAGUAAAUUUCUUUACUGUCUAUUGUCUUUUCUAAAUGAUAUCACCUUUUUCUUAAUCUAAAUAACAACAGAUCUGUCUGAAGAGUUACUACUAAGUGUUUGAUAUGAAUUCUGCUAUGAUGCGCAGAAAAGUGUAGUUUCAAUAUAUAGUUUGUGUUUUUGUAAAUCAAAAUAGAAGAAAAUUACUUUAUUGAUAAUAACCAAACUGACAGAUCUACCAGUCACUGUUGCUAUGAAAUAAUUUAUGCUGAGAUGUUCAGCGUCCUGCCUCGUUUCUUUUUCAAAAGACGGACAUUUUGUGAUGAUACGACAAAAAACAAAAGAAGAACAGUGUAGUAUUUCUCUGCUAGUAUUUUAAAACCUUUAAACCCUCCGUUUUUGCUUUCAGGGUUUCAAAAGUUCUCCACAUUGUAAAGAUUCACUUGAAGCAGGUUAAAGCAGUUCUUUAGUAAAUAAAACUUAAUGCAUCCCAGAUGUUUAAAGUCGGUCGACUCAUCACUUAUCACGUCAGGAUGUUGUAGAUUUUUCAGGACUGAGAGGCAAAGCUGGAAUACCCAGAAAUCUUGAGGUCCUGGAGAUGGGACUGGGGAUAGGCAUAAUCAGGGCUGGGACUAGUCCUCAACUUAGAUUGGGGCUGGGAUGUAAUGCUGGUCACGGGACUCUGUCACCAGCCUGGGGGCCACUGACACAGUCAUCUGAGGCAGUAAAGUGCUAAGAAUGGCCGGCAUUGUCAGCCAGCCCCGGCCCCUGAAGGGCCUACAGAAACAGAGGGGCUACGCUUUGCAAACAGUGGCUCUCCUCAAUGAGGAGCCUCUUCUGUUCACGGAAGAGCCCGAGAGAGCGAUAUUUAUACACCGGCUGCAUGUCACUGCUGCCUUUUUCUGUCACUGAUAAUGUGCUUCAUUUCUGAAUGUUGAAACAGAUUUCAUGUACACAGUGUGACACAGAGGGAAGAAGCUGAUGAUGGUGAAGAGGUCUAGGUUCUGUGAGUGCUCAUAAAUCAGUGUAAAAACUAUUCUCACAAAUUUAGAAAUUUAAAGGGCGGAUUUUCUUUUACUGCAAAGUACUUUUUAGUACUUUUGUACUUCUGCGAAAUGGGCAGAUGUAACAUGAAGCAGACUGUGACAGGCAUGGAGAACAAAGGAAUAAAAGCUAUCUGUAAAUAUCUAAAUGUGAUCUUGUUUAGAGUGUAAGAUCUUUGAAUUAAAACUGAUUACAAAGAAAUGAUGAGUGAUGUAGCAGUAAAAUAAUUUGCUUCAUAAGUGAAAAAAAAACGUUAAGAAAAAAAAAACCCUAACAAGCAAAUUUGUCUUUAAAUGUAUGUUGAACUCUAUUGAUUCAGCUUUGAUUUUGUUGUUGACUGCUUCAGCCACUUUCAGUAAACAAACUCUUAAAAAUAGAUAAAAUGGUUUCGGUUCAAUUUGUUGAAUAUUUGUUUCUAUUUCAAGAUAAUUCUGUGUCCCUGCCUCCAGCCUUUUCAAAAAGAUGAUCUUAACUCAAAUGUCAAAGCACACUUAAGAUUAUCGCCACAAGGACGUAUAUGUAAAUAAAACUUCAUACAGGACUUUAAUCCAGAUUAACAAAAACCUUUGUGUCACUUGCUAAAAUCAGAUGACCCUGCUAUCAGCUGACUGAGGAAUAAUCAAAGGGGGCACUAUGGAAAUGCGUGUGCGUUGUUGUGUGUGUGUGUGAAUAUGUUUGCGAGUGUGUCGAUGUGAGUUUGUGUGCAUGAUUUCCGAGGAAAAGGAAGGAGUGGUUUUGAGCUGAACUGCUGAAUCUGAUCUACUGGAAGCUCGGUGGGACUCCUUCCACACAAACCACUGUCCUUAAGGUUGUUAGAGCCCCCUGUGGGAGUCUCUCUCUCUUUCUCUUUCUCUCUCUCUCUUUCUCUUUCUCUCCCCCACUGUCCCUCGUGCUCUCUCUCCCUCUCCCCCUCUCUCUCUGUCUAUCUAUCUGGUCCUCUCUAGAGGCCAGGCAGAGACAGCAGAGAGGAUGUUGCAGAACACAUGAGAACACAUGUCGCUUCUUACAUGAAGUCUCUCUUUGAGUGAGUUUGUGAACCCUGUUACACUUCGAGAUCAACCGUAGGGCCUGAGAUUCAGUGAUACUUUAGUUUUAAUGUCCUUUCUGUGUAUUUAUAAGUUACUAUUGUGCUUUUUUUCAUAUUUUACAGACAUACUAAGUUAAAAUGUUUGAUGUCAGUGCUUACUUUGGGUGUACAAUACGAUCAAGUUUGGACACAUGCAGAUCAAAAGCUAUCUUGUUUUACCAUUUGAAAACUGAGCACAGCACAGAAUACGAAGACGAGGAAAAGCUUCAGGUGUCAUCAGCCGAUCAGGACCAAUCAGCUAAGGUAGCAGCAAAACAAAACCACAUGGCAAACCAGCACCUCCUGACAAAAAGAGCGAAAAAUAUCCAACACUGUCAUCUAACCCAAACCCUACGAUUAUAAAGAACGUGAUGCCAAAUUGAAGAAUCAUAAAAGAUGGUUUCAAAUAACUUGUUAAGACGGAAGUAUUUGAGUAAUAGAGUUUUACUUAAACCAUAUGGUUAUUGUUGCAAACUAUUUUUUUGAACAUACAAAAUAUUGGGAUAAGGGGGUGCCAGUGCAUCUAUUGAGGAUAUAGCCCUUGUUGCAGAAGUUGCUGGUUGGAUUCCCACCCACGAUCCUUUGCUGGGCGUCUGCGCCAACAUUCCCUGACUCAGCUGUCCUGUCUAAUAAAAAUUGCGCCAAAAUAUAACUAUAAAAAUAUAUUAAAUAAACAUUUUUUUAGCAGUGUUGUUUUUGUUGACGUCAACGCUCCUUUUUUUUCCACAAUGAAGACGACACUGAACGAACAAAAACAACACAGAUUUUUAGUUAGAAUCACACCCCCUUAAUACCGAAUGUGGGUAAAGUUCAAAUCGUUGGGUGUGUUGGGGUAACCACAUAGUGAGACUGUAGGCUGAGAACAAGGCAUAACCUGAUGAUGAAUCUCCUUAUAAGGGCGUAUACUGAUCUGGUAGUUAUUGCUGUGGCUUCAUUUGUCUUUUGCCAAACUGUCUGAUCAGAUUUUGGGUACAAAACAUACACCCAUAAUUUCCAGUUUGUUAUUUUGAACUUAAAAAUCUGUGUUGUUGAUGACUUAGUAGAAUGGCAACAGUGGAAGAGGGUCCUGGAGUGCUUAAAAGGGCUUUAAAUGGACAGUAGCUGGAAUGAAAUGGAUUAGGUUUAAGUUGAAAACGACGUAAAGCUGGUACAAAGCUUUUAGAAGGAUAUAAUACUGCAUGUCACCUCUACGUAAACUGUUUUGAUAUACAGUUGAUGUGCAAACUUAUAGAUAUGAGAUUUAGACAGGAGCUCUUGCAGGACAUUGAUAUAUAGAGUUAAAAAAAAGCCUUAAGCUGCCUAGCAUAGCAUGCUACAUGUCACAAGAUUGGCUACACCACCAGUUUGUUUUUAUUUUGUUACUAGAGACCAGAGGCUCUAAAUGUCUGUGUGUGAUUCAGCUGGUGAGUUGGAGCGCACAUUAAAGCGAGCAUUUCUUCAUAGAAAUAAAAGGUAGACUGUCUAAAUAUGUAUCACAAAGUAUGAAGAGACACAAAAAAGUCACUUCCUGUAAGCAUGUUGAUCAAAUUAGCCAGAUCAGGUCACGUUAAAGCUGCUUUAAUUGUUAGUCGAGUGUCCUUGACGUUUGAUGUUGUGCAGCUGAGAAAAGUGGAAAUUUAUGUCCCUCUUAAAGAAGGAGAAUGGUGUCUAAAAAUAGAUUUUUAUUUUUGGGUUAAAAUGUGCGUCCAUUUUAAGGACAGACGCAGACACACAGAGCGAGGCUGGUGAAUGGCGGAUAUCUGCGAGUCUGUUACUGUGUGCUGGCUGCACACAUACAGUAUACAAACACACACGCGCACACACACACACACAUACCUUUCCCUCGCUCUAACACACACAUACACCCUGCUGUUGACCAGAGUGUAAAGGCACAGACUGCUGGAGGACAGCAGUGGCGCUGCAGGUUCCCUGCUCAGAGAUUGUGGAAUGGUCGUCCACAGACCCCCCUCUUCCUCCUCCUCCUCUCUUCCUCUCUUCCUCUUUCUCUCUUCACUGAGCCCCCCUCCCUCCCCUCUGUCGCUCCCUCUUCUCCCCCUCCCCUUCUCCCCCCCUCCCUAUACCCCCCACCCCCCUUAGAGCUUAUGUAAACUAGCUGUGGAGCCAGGGCAAGCUGAGGCUAUUUUUAGCAGCAGCACUGCAGAGCAGAAACUGGCGGAGGGUCACGUGUGCGCAGCCGAAUCAAAGGGAGUAUCCCGGCAAUGCGCUGUAAACAAAGGGAAGGUCAGUAGCAGAAGGUGAGACACAAAACGCCUCUGUGUUGGUUUAGUGUGCGUGUGUGUGAGCGACUACACGCCGCCCCGCCAUACCUUCUCCUCUAUUAAUGCCCUGACAUGAAACAAAUCAUCGCCAGUGUAUGAAGGCACCCAUAUGCUUUCCUGCUCACUCUGCCCCCCCCCUCCUACUCCACAGAAACACACACACACACACUCAUAGUUGGAACAUUUUUGCCACUGCUACAGACAGAGAGGGGCAGCCGAAUUGAUCAAAGCGGGGUUUGACACGCGAGGAGACAUUUUGCUGUCUAAUCAUGACAGGGGCUCCCAGCUCUCCACACUGUCUCUCCCUGUUGCUGCCGAGCCGGCCUAUCAGAGUGAAAGCAGCAGCAGCAGCAGCAGCACACUCAGAGCCGUGCAAAAUCCAUCACAAAGCACAUGACCACAUGUGUUUAGCAUUGAUAUUAGCAUGUUUUGUGUCACAUGGGCCUUUCAAGCCCUUGGCGCCUGCUCAGUGUGUGUGUCUGUGUUUGUGUGUGUGUGUGUGUGUAGCUCAGGUUGUUUAGCCUGUAGGCCCCAGUUAGCAUUAAGCCUAGCAGUUAGCUGUGUCCAGCCACACCCAGGCAAAAGGUCUCUCUCCACCUCGACCGCUAGUCAAACAAGCUUCAACUUUCACCUCCUGUGGAAUGUGGUCAGAAGGGGCUCUGAGCUAUUUAUAGAAACCUUUUAUAUUUUUCUGUCACAGCAGUUUGUUUGACUAGACAGGCCGAGCUGUUGGCUGUUUCAUCAGGCCAGGCAGAGGGAGCUAGCAUGGAGGCUAACUUGAGUAAACACUGAGCUCCAGCUCUUGCUGCUGUUCUAGCUGGCUGAUUUAUGGUUCCAGUCAUCCUCAACCUGAUAUUCUGGAGUUUGUCCGCACUGACCAGAUAGAGGAGUAUCCUGACUGAAGAAUCUGCCAUGUUAAGGGGACAUCCGGGUCCUCUUUGUAUGCCUGUUGUGGUUCUUCAGAGUGACACUGUACUGUAGAACAAUAUUUAUUUAGACAUUUAAUUCUGGUCCACACCUGAUGUGUUUUCAUAGCAGCUUAGUUAAAUAAAGGCGUAAUGCUCUUCCUGAAUGUACCUGCUCAUUUUGCCUUUUGGUGUCUAAACAGCGGAGACAAAUCAAGUUCAUUGAUCAGUUUGAGAUGAGCAGAAACUUGUCAAAUCAUGUGAGUAGUUUUUAAAAGAAAAGGCGAAAUUUUCUUAUCCUUUUAUAAAAUAUUUUGUGUUGUUUUAAAGGAUUGUGAACUUGAAGACAUUUAAAAAGUCUAUUAGUUGACUAUAACUCAAAAGUGAUAUUAAGGUUAUUUGAGGAUGAUGUAGAAACUCAAAACUAACUGUAAGUUUGAAUUUAAUGCAAAAAAUUUAACUGUGAUUCCAGCUGUGAGCAGCAAGUUAUACAGAUUUUAAAACUACAAAACUCUGCUUGAUUUAGAGAAUUCUGAUUAGUCGGCCUAACCAUUACACACAUAGACUGUAUAUAAAAUGGACAGAGUCUGCCUCCUCAUUGGGUGAAACCACUCCAAGAACAGCACCCUCUGGUGACUGGCUGCAGUAUAGGUCAUAAAUCCCGCCUCUGCCAGCAAAGCUUAUUGAGCUGUGGACAAACUUCAGAAAUUUAUUACACAGAACAUAAUUUUUCCUCCUCCUGCUUGCGAUGUUGACAUGUAGUUACAGUAAAACUAGUUUUCUGUAAAGCUCCGUUUUUAAAAGUUAUUAGGAGAUUCAUGUUUUCUAUGAUCAACACUUGAUACAGCCUAUGGGUGUACGAAGAUUGCGUAGCUCACUCGGGGGAUACGCUGUUUGAGCCGAGCGUCAUCACAGCAACUCUCGGUGACUCUCCCACUGAAUGCAUACAACGCUAUUGCGCGAGUGGUGGUUGCAGGAAAUUGAGAAAAAACGUGGAAUUACAAAGAGCUUAUUGGCUUCAAAUCCAUAUACAGGUGGAAGGCGGAACCAAGUUGUCCAUAGUAUAUACAGUCUAUGAUUACACAUCAUGAUCAAUGCGUGACAGCACCAAAAUUAGUAGUUGGUCAAAUAUAUUAUCUCUAUACUGUUUGGCCUGAAACUGCAGUUACCAAGCAGAUCUUUGUGAAGUACAAUCACUAAAAACAAAUCUCAAAACUCAGGAAUAUCGCAUUAAAAGAUCUUCAAAACCAUCAGAGAAUCUUACUUUUGCUGACUUAAGUCUGAAGGGGGGACUAAACCCUAAAUCUGACAGAUUAUCUCGUGGUGUGUGCUUAAGUCUGAGUUUAAAUUCCCAUUGAAACUACCAGAAAAUGAGUCACUUCUGAACAUCCAUAGUUCCAAUGUUAAUACUGGCUCUAGUUUUCACUCUCAUUUUACUCACACAUGUCAAUCACCUCUGGAAUUUCUACACAAGAAGACAGUCAGUGUAUUUAGAUGGGUAACAUAAAUGAAAAUCCUCAUGUUUUGGUGUAUUUUCACAUCAGAUUAUUGUAUUAUAAUAUUAGAUUGAUCAUAUUUUGUCACUCUGCUGCUCACCUGUUAAUCACUCAUUACCCUGUACUGUUACUCUUCUAAUCACCAACACAUCAAAUUACUCCAAACCCUGAUCUGCUGCUGUUAGAGGAGAAACCUCUGUAAGUUGAUUAGUGGUCAACCUAGCGUGCAUAAUACUGCAGUGAUUUUUAUUUUGAGGUUUGCAGAGGGGUUAGAGGAUGUGCUACAUCCUCAAUAGAUAGGUGCUAACACCAUCAGUUGCCACAGAGUACAAUUUCCCAGAAUGCAUUAUUAUACCAAGGCCCAUCUUACAAGCCUGCUGGAUGACUUGUUGUCCUGUUGUUAAAUUCUUAAUUAUUAUCCCCAACAGUUCAGUUCUCAACUCUCAAGAAUUCGUACAAUCCUCCUCCUCCUCCUCUUCAUGUGACUGAGUUGUGAGGCUGAGACGAUGGCACUUAGAAGAAAUCCUAAAAUGUUCUGUGCCUUCCCACCGAACGCACCAACCAGCACACUCAGGCGCACACGCAUUUACAUACACAGAGUGACACAGUUACAGUGCAGAAAGCUAGCAACAGAGCACCAUUCUGCUUUGUGUUGAUGUAUGGGAGAGUCUGGGAAUGGAAGGAUACAAGUGCGGCCUGGCUUAUGAAGAGACGAGGAGAGAGAUAGAGAGAGAGAGAGAGAGAGAGGGAAAGAGGAGUGGUAUGGACUGACUGGGGUUGCCAUGGGAACCCAGCUGCUAAAAGCAGGCAGGGUCAGUGAGGAAGAGAGAGGCUGUGUGCUGCAGGAGCGAAGGGCUGCCACCCGGAGGCCGGAUGGAGGACUACACAAACAGCACCCAGGCCUCACUGCUGGAGUUCUUGUUCCUCGAUUUCAACUGGAGGAGCUCAGACCCCAAAAUAAGAAACUCAGAGUCUACCAGCAGAUGUUUUUGUUCAUGUAAAUGGAGAGUUUAACUUUUAAGGCCGGCGCGCUUAUACAAUCCUCACCUCCUCUGUCUGAUAUGAGCCAUCGGUUAUUGACUUUUGAUUAGGGGAAAAGAGGAAAAGCUCAUUUUCACUGGGUCACUGGUCGACUUCCAAACGGAACAACUGAUUCGACAUGGAGGGCCGCGGUUGUUUACGGGCGAGAGAAUCCAAACCGGCUCGAUAAUGUUGAUCAGACUAUUUUUACUUGCUUUUUCUAUUUUUGGUGCAGACUAAUUUAGUAGCUGACAGAUAAUGUAUCGAUGUUGAGCUUCAAUAUUAUUUAGAGGAACCCAUCAGUCGAUCUGAUUGUGAGAACUGUACUGAGAACUCCACAUGGCCCUGAAAGAGCCGCCAUUUUUCCAUUGUAGCUUGAAUUUUUCGGGCCGAGUCUAUUUUAGGCAGAGGUAAUGUAAUGGUAGACACUAAGCAGAGACAAAAGGGCAUCACAAUGUAUUCUAAAUUUUUAUACAACACCUUUCAAAACCUCGACUCCAUGCGGCCCUGGAAAGGCAAAUUUGCGGCCUUGAGAUAAAGCAGGCUCUGUUGUUUACACAAGAUUUGGUUUGACUUUCAGGAGUGUCUCCUGUUCUUGCUCCUAUAUUUAGGAAGUACCCACUGAGCCGUUGAUGGAUUCGUCUAGUUUCAGAUCCAUCUCCCAAACUGCACAGUGUUCCUGUUUGGAUGGAUGAGCUGAACCCGGGGCUCAGAUCUUUCCACCAGGUGACCAGGAUCCUCCACAGCUCCACCUUCGUUCUGUCUCGGUGCUGCUGUUGCUGAAGCAGCUCAGUGAUGUGAGGAGCUGAGUGGAGUGGCUGUAGUUUUGUGAGGAUACCUGUUAUGCUUUGGGAGAGAAGGAAGGUGACGCAUGAUUAUUGUACCACAGUUUGACAGACAAGUGAAGUAGAAUGGUCCUUUUAAUGAACGACUUCAUGAGCAGAAGACUGAAGAGUUAUUAUUUAGUUGCGUUUUGUUAUGUCCACAUGUCAAUAGUUUUCAUGUAUAAAAAGUUUUAAGAAGUUGAAAGCUUAGACAAAAAUCAUAAAGCAACAAAUACAUUUCAUUUAAGUUGACUGACAGCAACGUAAUCAUAAAAGAUGAUCAAAUCACUUCAUUCAUUCAUUUUUUUGAGUGCAGCCUCUCCAGCUCGAGGAUUUGCUGUUCACCCAUGUUUGCUGUAUGUCUUGGUUCAAAGGUCUUUUUAUUUAAAAUCAACAGUUUAAGGGGAAAAAAGGCAGGUUGUACAAUAAAAUGUUUUCCCCUUAUGUUUAACAACACUCAACACAAAACACACAAACACUCAACAGUGAACAUCUAGAUUUAAAAAAAAAAAAAAAACAGCCACCGCAUAGCUAGAAAUGCCAAGGUAGACAUUUUGGUCCGUUCAGAGGACAAAGACAGAUGAUCUACCCAAAACCUCCCACACCCUUUAAAAUAAAACACAGUAGAAAGGGGUAAAGUAAAUUAAGCUAAAUAAUUGUUUGUUUUUUGUUUUAUUUGACUGAAACAUGAUCAGCGUUGACUUUCUUAAUGAAAAUUCUGACCAUAAAUAAUCACCAGGCACCUUCUUUUUUAUAAACAUGAAACUCUGCCAAGCUAAAAAUACGUCGCUGAUAACGAAGUCUAAAACGAAUGUGUGUUUAGUUUUCAUUGACAAGACAAGACUCAGAUGUUAGUGGUGAACUGUCGGGCAUCUUAAAUCGAUGAUAUUUUCCUCCUCUGUGCAUCUAAUCUGUCCGUAAAAUACAAGCAAUGCACUUAACGGGGUUCAGUGUUAAUUUUAUUCUUUAUCUGCAACAAGUGUGCGUAAACUCCCAGUGAGUUUGUGCAUUUUAUUUUUUAUUCCUAGUUUUUCAUUUUGAAUGCCGGAACUGUUAACAGAUAUGAGUCAAAGCCUUGAUUUAGCACUGUGUUAGAGAGUCAAAUGUUUAAGAGUUGAUCAAAACUGGGACACAUGUAAGAUGAAGCUUCAGCUAAAAGUGCAGUGAAAUGACUUAGGCUAUGUUCACACUGCAGGUCAAUCCCGAUUCUUUUAACCCAGGCCUCCUUUGUACGUGGAUAUAAAUCGGAUAUGUAUUGUGCAUCAUAACCUGCAGUAUGAACGUAGCCUUAGUGCCCUGCAGAGUUAGGGAUCGUCUAAAAAGUGCAGUAAAGUGCUUUUCUUUAUGUUCACUGUACUCAUAUUUGACGUGAAAGGAAUAAAAAGUAGCCACAGAAAGAGUGUUUUGUUUCUUAACAUGAUGAAAAGGUUAUCCCUCUAUACCAUGCUUUUUCUUUAAGGGCGAGUCUAGACUAAAUUUUCUAGCCGCGUUAAGGUACCUGUGCAUUAUUCAAGUCUAAGUGUAAGGAGAGCGAAAAGUUGCUCUACAGAGUCAAACACUUCGCACAAACCUGAUACAAAUAUCCGCUCAGCUAACUGAACAAGUUUAACCAGAGAAAAUGUUUUGACUCAAAGCAAUGACUAAAAUGUGAUGACUUUUUACUGACUUAUGCAAGACUAAACUGUGUCGGGUUGUUUUUGACUAAAAUUAAACUCAAACUAUAAAAGGCAAAAUGACUAAGAUGUGACUAAGAAUCCCGGGCGAAAUCAUCUAAAGACUUAGCGCCGAAAUACGCACCGCCAAUGAGUACAUGUUACACUGCUUUUUAUGAAUUAUUUUCCAUUCUUUAUUUUUCAGUUUGUAAGAAGAAGAUUGGGUAACUUAGUGGCAGAUUAACAAACAGUAACUCAAAGGCGCAGUCCUGUAUCCAAGAUUAGAAAACCUGUUUAUUUUGUUUGUUUUGAAUCUGUUUAUUCAGUGUCAGGUUUAGUAACAAGCUUCGGUACUUCCCUGAGAGGGUUUGUUUGUCAGAAAGAGCGCUUCAUUGAUGCUACGGGGUUUCAAUUUCGCUUCAAUGAACCUUGAGUGAGUUAGGGUGGAGCUCAAUGUUGUUAUAAUUAAUAUUUAUUUAAAAACUUUAUUUACACAGCGCCUGUUGUCAAAAAAUGCAGCUAAAAGCGCUAAUAGACAUAAAAAAAGAGCGCAGUAAUGUGAAGUUUCAAACUGUGAACAUUUCUCCUCUUGUGUGUGACACAGAAAAAGUCUGAGCAACAUUUCGAUGAAGCUUUCCCAGCUGCACACAGAGUGUCGGUGCUGCUGCUGCUGCUGCUGCUAACGUGUCGGGCAGUGAGCUUCAGAGUGCUGUCACCAGCCAGUUGGAGUCUAUAAAGUGAAAGUCCAUUAUGCUGGCCCGAGCGGCUCAAAAUAUGGAAACUAUUGAUCAGAUUCUCUGCACUGCUAAUUAAAGAUGGUCCACUAUUUGUAAAAAGUCAACCCAAUUAUCAAAUGAGCACAUGAAGCUGGGUGCUGUCCGAGUUCGGGGAGGUUGUCUGUGUGUCAGGGGGGAAUUUUUACCUACUUAACUUCUAACAAAUGGGACUUUAGCAUAUAUCUACAUGUGCGCACUUUGUUUUUUUUAGUUUUUGGACAUUUUAUUUAUGACAUACAGUUUGUUUGCUGUUGUCAUUUUUCUUUAUAUAUCAGGUUUGUGUGUUUUUUGGUUUGGUGUGACUCUUUGAAAGCUUGUUUUAGGAGAUGAAGCCCCCCAGAUGAGCUGGUUGACCAAUGUCUGUGAGCAUUUCAAUUUCCAACCAGCAUCACCUUCCCUCUCUCCACUUUUCUGCUCAAUGGGCAGCAACAUGUGACCUGAACCAUGUGGGGGCAGAGGCCCGAGGGCCCCCCGACACUCUGCAUCUACUGUCUAUCGACGUAUCGGUGUGUGUGGGUUAAGUUCUUGCUACGUGUGUGUCUGAGCGGCUUCAUGCUCGCGUCUGGUUUUUCAUGGAAAGAUGAGGCUAACGACACAGAGAGACAGGCCAAGUCAAGUGAUACUGUCUAAAACAAAGGCUAUACAUAGUAACACAGACUGGCCCGCAGGACGAGUACAAUGUGUUUUAGCUAAAUACAGAGACGACCCAGCCCUGCAGACAGAAACAGAGGGACUGCAAUAGACAAGAUAACAGUGGAGGGAGUUUUUUAAUUCAGCUCGCCUUUUAAGAAAAACUACCAUGGAAGAGUGGAGGCCGUUUUUAGGUCAGAAUUAUGGCUCGAUCAAAUUAGAUGUUUUUUUACGAUGGAAAAAUACAAAAUGAUGACCCCUGCAAGACGUGUAUAAGCUAUUUACAACCGCUCUGUACAUAAGGUUCUUUUUUUUUUAAAAUAAAGAACCCUCUUUGAAACGGGCUACCGCAUGACCACUGCAAAAUAUGAUUUUUGUGAAAUCCUCUGUUUAAAAGAGGAAGAGUGCUGGGUUGCCCGAUGAGAGUGUCUCAUUCACUAUACAGAAAGAGUCAUGGCUGUACCCAACUGUACUUGAGGUAGAACUCAUUGAUUACCUUACCCAUACAUUACCUUCCGCUACAGUGUGUCAGAGAAUAUGAUAAAGUAUUGUGUGAUAUAUGAUACAGCACAGUUUAAUUCAUAGAUUGAUAAUAGGUAUAUGAUGAUUCACCCUCAAUGAUUCAAUAGGGCUGGGCAAUAUGGCCUCAAAUCAAUAUCAUGAUAUGUUGAGCAAUUCACCUCGAUAACAAUAAAUGGACGAUAACUACUCCACAAGCCGCUCAACCCCUUCCACAAUAAAUUCGUCUACGUCAGCCGCUACAACUUUUGAACCGUCCUCCAUCUCCUCACCUGUCUUUCCCUCUUUGUUACGGACUGGAUGGGGUGGAGUCGCAUCUCCAACAUAGGACAUGAGACCAUAGCCUACCUACACACAUCCAAAACCAACUUUAAUUUAUUUUUUUGACACCAAAUAUAUUGACAUGGGCAAAAUGACGUCGGUUAUUGUUGUAAAUUUUUGGUUUAUCGUCCAGCCCUAGAUUCUAUGAAGAAAAAAUUGGGACCACAGCAGGGAGUUAAAGUGACGUUCAACAGCAGGGCAGUUAUUCUCAAUCAUGGUAGAAGCAGGAAGACACUGGGGCUGUGUCCGAAAUGCAUCCUCAACCCCUGUAUAGGCGUCUAUAUGGGGGUUAGCGCCAUUUUGAGGGGUGUCCGAAACCUGAGUGACCAAUUCCAAUGCCCCAUAUAGGCGACUCAAAAUUUCCCAUAGAGCAUUGCAAAAUGUAGUGACCAUCCCAUGGUCACUCACUGGUGUUGGGAUUCCCGUCGUGCAUUGCAUCUUGCCAUGUAGUGUCUGAAACCUCCAGUAAUUAAGCUCACUACAUAGUCAGUUAUAUAGUGAAACCCCAUAUGGGGGUUAGGGGUUAGGGAUUGACUGAUUUAGCCUGGGACAGCUUCUCUACAGGAUGCCAAAAUGGACAAAAUGGCACGUCAUUAAAAAAACGUUGUCUAUUUCUGGUUUGAUCGGGUCACAGUUCACACAGGAAAAAUCUGUGUUACCCCUGUAGAUGUCCAAAGUUUCCUCAAGUGUGGUAGUACACCUUUUUCUUUUUGUUUUUAGGAACACUGCUGUUUACAGGAUUCUCUUCACAUACUCAGAACAAACUUGGAAAAACUUGCCGGCCUGUAAUCCCUCCAAUCCACAAAUUUGACAAUACGACCACAUCAGAGCAGCUCUGGGAGGAAAUUGAAGAAACCGAGUCAAACCACCACAAAUUUCCUCAGACUUGAAACAAACCCAGCCGGUCUAUUUGCAGCCCCCGACCUGAGCUGUGAACUGCACCUAAACCCUUUGAUAAGACCUAAUCUGAACAGCCUCUCUGUAAUCAAUGUUAUCUUUUUCUGCUUUUUUCCCCUUCCCUCGUUCUUUUGUGUGUACCUCACUGGAUAUGAAGACUAUAUUUGGCUCACCACUUCUGUACCAAUACUACUCCUGUCACAUGGCAGUCAGAAAGCGCUCAGUAAUUAUAACCUAGCUAUGUUUCUGCUAGGAAGGCUGGCCUAAAAUACUCCCACAUUGUUGCUGUGAUGGGGCAAAAGCUGUUUUUCUUUUUGGAGGUUUUGUGUUGUGCUGCUUUGUAUAUGAAUGAGAGUGUCUAUGUCUGCUCGGUGGAAAUGAGUGUGAUGUUCAACAACUGUGAAGUUCAUUGGGUUUACUGGUUGUGCAGAGCCUAUGCUCCGAGGAGGCUCUAACGGACAAAUGUGACACAAUUAGUUAUGUGACUGAAUUAAUGUGAUUCUUCAUUUUAUAACUUCAGAGCAGAGGAACAACAUCAGCUGACUGUAAAUCUGUGCUGUCGUUCUUCGUUUUCAUCCUUGGCAGAAGUAUGGUUUCUUCUUUUUACGUCGAAAAUGGCACUACCGAACUUUCCCUCAUCCUAACGUGGAAGCUUUGGGCGUGUGCUGCUCGCCAUUGUACAACAUGAUAUUAGGGAUAUGUUUAAUUUUCUCAGACAUAAUGUGAAAUUUGAUAAUGUCACUUUAGGUUGUAGGAGAUGUGUCUCCAAUUCACAACAAUUUUUUGUAUUUUACUCAGUCAAUGAUAAUCACUUUAAAAAAAGAUGACGGAUAAGGGAUUGACUGAUAUUCAGAGCUGAUACCGAUACCAAUACUGGUUAUUAGUAGUUUAUGAGAUCAGCAACAGAUAUUUACAUGUAAAAAUGACAAGCUCUAUGUCAACAUUUAAACCUCCCUUAAAUAGCCUUAUCUAAUGCCCAAUUAAAAAUGAAACAUUCAACAUACAGGGGUUAAUAGUUAAGCAGUAACACUCACAGUACAGUUACAUAACACCGUCUCAUGAAUUCUAGCCAAUCAGAUCGUGUUGUGGGAGUAACUUUAGGUGAGACAAUGUGGCGCAAGAAAUCAGACCCGAAAAACAAAGACAUUGACGGUAGAGACAAAGUAGUGCAGCACUUUUUAUCGGCCUUGUGUAAAAUAAAAGACUGACACAGAUAAUGUGAAAUAUUGGCCUCCUUUUCCAGUUAGGAACAGUAAUCAGUCUACCCCGAGAAAAGAAGAUUAUACAGGACAUUGACCAUAUUGUUUUCAAUUUAUAAACACAAGCACAUUGAUUUCAAGACUUUGUUUAAAUUCUGACAUCUAUACAGCAUACUGUGUUUUGCAUUGGUUAUGAGAAAUGCUGAAUAGCCACAUAUAUCUUUUUUUUUCUCCAUAAUGCAUCUCAUUGUUGUUUAUUUCCGCCACUCCAUCCCUCCUUCUGUCACUCACUGUGGUUUAAAUUUCCUAAAACUUCAUCCUGAUCAACUUUUAGGCGACUGUUAUGUCAGUCAAUGCUGUGUUCAUGAGCUGCAGCAUUGUAAAUAAAUGUGCAUUAGCCGAUCUAAUGAACUGAGAGUAUAUUUAUUUAGGCCUAGUAAUAAAAGAAGAUAAGAGAAUCAUUUAUUGGCGCCACAGCAGGGAAAUUUGCAUUGUCACAGCAAUAAAGGCAAAAAUACAUUUAAUCAAAAGAAAUUAUGAGCAAACAAGAUUUCUUACUCUGAUCGAUUCACCCCCAUAAUACUUAAUAGAUCACUGGAUUACUGAAAUAAUCUGUCACUGCAGCACCGAUCAUGACAGGCUGAGACGGUUUGUAUUUAAUGAGAUGUUGCACUUUAAUUCAAAAGUGUCAGAUGAAGCAGAAAGAGUUGUGGACGGCUAUCUUAUGAGGAUCAAAUGGGAAAAUUUGAUCCUAAAUUUACCUGGACACACCCGCUCAGGUAUCAUCCACCUGUGGGAAAUUCUGCUGCCUCUUCUUUCCAGUUAAACUUGUUGCAUGUGCCCACACUUGUGGCUGAAAAAGGUCAUCACUGACUCUGAUCUGAUUCUUCUGCGGAUGCCACCACCCAUCUCUGUAAAUGACCACCCUCUAUAGUCAGUAAAUAUAACAGACAUGCCACCUUCUUAUAAAGCUGGUGGUCAUUGUAACGGCUGCAAACUGUCUUUUUUGGUUCUAGAAUUGUUGGGUUCCAAAAUGCUGGGUUCCAGAAUGUCGGGUUCUAGAAAUCAUAUGACUAACAACAUGUAGGUCAGAGACUGAGCAGUCUAAAAAAGAUGAUCUUUGUGGUAAAAUAGUCAUUUACCAAACAGAAACCUGAGAAUCCGUCACUAGUCUUCUAGUCAUCAUGAACUCCUCUCUCUAUCUUCAAAGUUCAGGCUUUCAGAGGUUCAUGUUCAGGAUCAGUUCAAAGUCUAAAAAGUUCAUCAGUUCAGUUUCUUGCAUAACGACUCAUCAGUCAUAAGGUCAAGUUGAAAGCCAAAGACAAGGUGUGGACCAGUCUGGGAGUCUGUCAUACCAGAUUCCACCUCUGACCCACAUACCAGGUCCAGGUCAAAUGUAGAAAGUUUGAUGAACUUUAAAAUCAUGAAGAAGUUUCUCUUUAUUGAGAAAUGUUUAUUUUGUGUGUGCAUUAGUGUAGUCGUGACUUUAAUUUUGUUGUCAUAGCACAUAAAGGCUAUCUCUGUCAACCAACACUUUGUUUAAGAGCAGUUCACCUAUUUGAUUUGGUGAACCAUAUGUGCUGCUUUAAAUACACUGGAAAUGAACCAACAGACCAUCCCGGGUUCAAAUAAUCCAGAAACCAUCAACGCCAUCAACAGCUAAUCUCAUGUGCAUCAGGUUCGUGGUAUUCUGCGGCCGUGGCGGCUGUCUUGUGACAUCCUGGAGACACAAACACUAUGGGUGAGAGAUGGAGGGUGGUGAUACAGGCUGUUUGGUCCACAUUUGUCUCUGACAUGUUGGACUCACUCACCAAUUGUAGGCCAAGACACACCUGUCGCACCUGUUUCCUUUCACCUGAAUUUACGUCAGAGAAAGAAAAAACUCUAUCUCCUUCAUCCUGGUUAAUCAUCAUCGAUGAUUGAUGAUCAGAUGAUUUUGAUGCGUAUUGAUACCGUUUAUUUUGUUUUGUUUAACUUUUGGACCAGUGUCUUCAAGUAUGCCUCAUUACAGGAUUACUGUUGGAUCAGUUUUGGUAUGAUCAGUAUCUUAAAUGAUCAAUAAUAGAAAUAACAUGAUCAUGUUUUCUCCCUGAUAGAUUGUACUGCUGUAAUGUAACAAUCACGGCUUCAACAGGAAUAACUUAACUAAAUUUAAGGAAUAAAUUUUUUAACAAUUAAAAGUUAAAGCCAUCGAUUCAGUUUCAGUUUUCCUUUCAAAUCAUGAAGGAUGAAGGUAAUAAACUACCUUUUUAGUUUGAGAAAAUUAAAGGUUGUGUUGCUUUAAGUAUAUCCAGGUCUUAGCAUCCCUAUUUCAUAAAAACAAGCAUCAUUUUUUACUUCUUGCUUUUCUUCACAGAGGAACUUUUGCUUAGUUAGUUUCAAACUUUGGUGUGUCCCACUUCUGCUCUUGUAGUAGGUCAGUCCAGGUAGCAAAGUGAAAACUAUAGGAAAAGACUUCAGUGAUCAUUUCCUGAUGUAGGAAGAAUAGAUGAAAAGUUGUAUUUGUACGAAUGUGGAGUAUUUGUGUCAUGAUGUAUCUAGAAAUCCUCAAAGGGUGAACCUUUUUCUUAGUUUUGAUUUUAGCACUAAAACCAGCAUUGUUGAAGUGCUUUUACAUGUGAUUGAGACCAUCCAGGGGUCUGUGUGACCGUGUGCCCCCCCCACCCCACUCUAAGUGUCCUGAGCCGGCUGUGCUGCAGAGCGGCCCGGCUGCUGCUGCCUCUGCUGCUGCUGCACAUGCUCUCUCUGUAGUGAAGAGACGGCAACAGCAAGCUGCCUAACCUCCACAAUAACCGCCUUAUGUAAUCACUCUGGUUAGAGACAGACCAAAAUAGACCAGACUGAGCAGCUCUGCCCUCUUGUGGCGACCAGUUGCCAUAACACCGGCCUGCUGAGCCUGAACUAGGAGUUAGACAUGGCGGCCUCCUUUUGCAGCAUCCUGUAAAGCUCACAUCAACAUCCUAAUAACUGUUUGAGCUGAUACAGAAAAAGAAAAGUGAAUAAUCGAAGUGUUAUUUUAUUGGAUUGGAUUGAAUGUGGUCGUCUCUCGGGUUUGAGUAAAUAGAAGAAACUGUGUGGUAAAAGCUCUGGCUCUCUGUUUUGUUAUUUGUUUUCUGCUAUUUUUGUCUUUAAUCGACACUUCAGUAAUGUUUGCUGUUGAACAUGUUUGACUUGAACGUCCCUGCAGCCUGUAAAACUGGAUCAAACCUGAUUUUAAAAAACUAACCCACUUCUGUUUUUUCUUUUUUACAGUUUCCUUGACAGAAUUGACUCUGUAAGACAGAACGACUACACACCAACGGACCAGGUCAGUUCCCCCAUCUCUGCGUACAGAUUUCACCUCUGAAAGCCUGCUUAUCAUACAUUUUACUGAACUGGAUAUGUCUCUGUGUCCUUGUUUUUACAGGACCUGCUACGCUGCCGAGUGUUAACUUCAGGGAUUUUUGAGACGAGGUUCCAAGUAGACAAAGUGAACUUUCAGUAAGUGCCGCUCAACUUUUAAUCAGAUAGAAACACAUGAUGAAGAUGACGUGUUCUCACCAAGCAGCAGCCUCUGGUGAUUAAACAUGAAGUCAAUACAAAAAGAAGCUACAAAGGAAAACUCUUUAAUCCCAGUUAAGAAAUUUCUGUCUCUGCAGCUCAAUUAAACAUGUUUACAGCUUAGGUAACUACGUGUCUCAGUAUUAGUACUUCUAAUAUGGCCACUGCUGUCAUUGAGCUUCAUGCUAUCACUGCAGAAGUCAGUGGAUGAUGUUGCUAAAAUGACGACCAUAUUGCGAUGAACUGGCGAUUUGUCCAGGGUAUCCCCUGCCUUCGCCCGGAGAUGCUGGAAUAGGCUCCAGCAACCCCUAACAGGAAUAAGUGGUAGAAAAUGGAUGAUAGUUGCUUUUUUGUUACAAAAAGUAUUUUUAAAGAUUUCCCAAGUUGUUCAGGGAAAGCUGUAAACCACUUUUACGGUCACAUCACUGUAGUAAUUAUCUAAAAAGAAUGUCUUCAUAAAUCUGUAACCACAAAAAUCAGUGGCCCUCAGAGCGAUCCCUGGGGUUCCCCACAAACAAUUAACACAAAGACAAAUUUUAUGAACAUUAUUAUUAUUUUUUUUUACUUUAUACUUCAAAAUGAAGAAAUAUUCCUUGAAAAAAGAGCAUUGAGAUUCUUUCAGACAAAUGUUAAAGACAAUUCUUCUUCAGGCCCUUUAAUUUCUUUUUAAAUCAAGCCUAGAAAAAGACUUCUCAGUUCUAAAUGACGAAAGAGUAAAAUCCUGACGUGUUCAUUUCUAAAAUGAAACAUAAGCACGUCCACUGAAUGAAAUACUUUCUCUUCUAUCUGUGUUAUUUAAUCUGUGCCAGUUUUUACCAAACAUCUCGCCUGUUUCUACGAAGCAGUCUCCUCAGGGCCUUUUUCACUGUUACCUCAUAGUGUCGCCACAUGUGACCGCAGGGACCUACUCCUUACAAAACAUUUGAUCUCGGCUCCUUUUUGCAUCAUUGUUGUUCAAAAAAUCCCAAUGAGGAAUUCCCUCUCGGGUGUUGUUGCCGUAUUUACGAGGCUCGGGGGGAAGCGUCAUCUCAGCGCCUUUAAGGACUCUCUGCGGUCGAGCGGUGGGAUUUCUCAGUAAACCCCGAGUCAUUGACCAACGCUCACAGUUAACAGAGGAGCCAGUAAAAAAAGUUGGGAGUUAAUGUUUCGUAACUGUUGUGAUGAUGUCACAUGAGAUGACCGAUUUCCAGUCACAGACACAACAGACUUAUUCUCCGACCUGAAACAGGCCUUUGUAACAAAUUAUAUCACCCUGAAUGAUCGAUAGGAUCAAAAGUGCAGGACGUGACUCCCCUUUGGGUGUGAAUUUGAUCUUGUUCAGCUUUGAUGAUUUCCAUCCGGUCAGGGUCGCACAGGGUACAAAUAACUCAGCUCUACAUAUGAUUUGUCCUUUAAUUGAUGAUUUAUAGAUCAAAGCGUGUCACUUUUAGACGCAGGAGCCUUUUUUUCAAUGUAAAUAUUCAUAUUUAGAGACGCUCAGCUCUGAUCUUAUAAAAUGAAGCAGAGCCUGAUUGUUCCACAUAUUAAUCCAGUGUUUUGUCUCCUUUAUAGCAUGUUUGAUGUUGGGGGCCAGAGAGAUGAGAGGAGAAAAUGGAUCCAGUGCUUUAACGGUGAGACUUUAACUUUUUUCUCAAGAUUCACAUGACCUCAUUGUGCGUGUCCUCUGUCCUAUUUCCUUUUUUCAUCACAAAACCAAACAAAAACUUUUUUUAUUCUUAUUUUAAUCUUUCAGUAAGAAUAAAGCAUCAAAUUGCAAUAAAGUUAUUCUUAGGCUAUGUUCACACUGCAGGUUAAUUCCAAUUUUUUAACCAUAUGUGACACAUAUCUGAUUUUUUCAUGUAAGUGUGAACAGUGCAAUUCUGAGUUUUUCAAAUCCGACCCAGGCCUCUUUUGUACGUGGAUAUAAAUCGGAUAUGUAUCCGAUGUGACUGCAGUGUGGACGCUCAGGUCGCGUUCAUCCGACCUAUACGUCAUCAAUACGCGACAAACGUCACCAUUGUUCGACAACACAAACAGGCGCGGAAAGCAAUUUGUGCGCAUGCGGGUCACUUCACAGACGCAUUCCGUUCACAUUUGAUGCCGCAUUCGUUGUUGUAAUGUGAACGACCGCACAAAAAGAUCGGAUUUAACAAAAAAUCUGAAUUGUGCAUCAUAACCUACAGUGUGAACGUAGCCUUAUUCUUACAUCUGAGUUACGCCGGUAAACUCCUGAUGUGUUUAUUCUGGGGCUGAUACUCAUGGAUACUUUCAUAAUCACUUCGUCAGUGAUCAUUGAAAUAAUUAAGCAACAAAAUGGAUAAUAAAUCACACAGACAUGAAUGUUUUUUGCUAAGCGAAGAUGAAAAAAGGAUAUUUUUAACCAGCAAAAAUGACAAAUAUGUUUAUUUUUAACACAGAUUUAUUAUGGUACAGUUCAGGAAGAUAAUAAAGCGCAGAAUGCGAACCUUUUGAAGUCAAAUUACUGUUUUUGAUGAAUCAUAAAUCAGUCUUUCCAUUUGCCAGUUCAAAGUGAUUUCACAUGGACGAUUGUCAUAGAUUAAACCAGGACAAAGAGGAAGUUCAAGUUUACGACCAACUAAUUAUCAGCAAUUAUUGGCAACGUUACGACUGAUUUGAUGUAUCAUUGCUCCUCAUAUUUCCCCUCCGCACAGACGUCACUGCUAUCAUCUUCGUGGUGGCCAGCAGCAGCUACAACAUGGUAAUAAGGGAAGACAACAACACCAACCGGCUACGGGAAGCCCUGGACCUCUUCCGCAGUAUUUGGAACAACAGGUGAGUCAGACACGAGGAAGGAUUUCUUAGCUGAUGAUGAUUGUCUAUAAUCAUGAAUGUCACAUUAUUACAUGUUUAAUAUCUGAUAAUCAGAGCAAGGGAAAUCCUGUUUCUUUGUCUAACUGCCAUUCACCGCCACUCUCUCUCUCUCAUGUGUUUGUCUUCCAGAUGGUUACGCACUAUAUCGGUCAUAUUAUUCCUGAACAAGCAGGACAUGCUGGCUGAGAAAGUAUUAGCUGGAAAAUCCAAAAUUGAAGACUACUUCCCUGAAUAUGCUCGCUACACCAUACCAAAUGAAGGUCAGCGCCCCCUUCGCUUUAAACACUGAGGAGCUUUUUGGUUGAUGUCUGUGAUUGUUGACGGCGUCUCUGUUGUUGUUUUUUUUUUGUAGCAACUCCUGAACCUGGUGAGGACCCCAGAGUGACAAGAGCUAAGUUCUUCAUCCGAGACGAGUUCCUUGUAAGUAAAACGCAGCUCCGAGUGAGAGGAAGUGAACGAGUGGACAGCCUCGCCCUGUCGAUUCAUAACUCAGAAUAAUCAUGGAGUUCGUUUUUUACUGUUGUUAAAAGGGAGUAACUUUGAUCUGCUCACGAAGUGGACACUAGACUCUGUGGUUGACUGUUUCCAUGGCAACGUUACACCCCGCUAUAGAGAAGUAGCAGACUUUAGAAUGCUGCAAUCAGCCAAUCAGAGUCCCAUAUUUUACUCCGCCAAGUAAUAUUACCAUAAUUACCCUAAUAUUAGGUGGUUUACGGAGUUAAAACAUGGAUACCCAGGGCUCGACAGUGCAACCGUUUCACUCGCAUUUGUGACUAAAUAGAUAAGUGUGCGAAUUGUAAAAUGUAUUUAGGGGCACGUGCGCAUAAAAAAAAUCAGCCGAGGCAACCAAUGUUUUUUCAUGUAAGUACAGCGGUGAAGUUAGUUUUAGGUUGGAUAUCCGACAGACAUUUACUGCUGAUCUACCGGUGUCUUCUCAAUAACAUCAACAGCAGCGCGGUUAAAUCUACUCGGCACCCUCGCUGUCAACGUCGGGUGUUGAAUAAGGGACCAUCAAUAAAUUACCUGUUGAUGUUCUCAAAAAAGGCUGUUUUCCUUCAAUAGCUUCCAUGUCAUGUGACCAAUUGACCUAAAAUUGAUUUCAAAUAAUAGUACUUAUGUCGACCAAUAAGACACAAUCAAUUUAUAUUGCGCCCCUAAAGUUCUUGAUGUGAUCCUUACUUUUUCAACUAAGGAGCACAUGUGCUUCUUGUGAAAAAAAUUAGUGUCAAGCCCUGAUACCGUAAGUGUUAUUUACAUCCAGUACACAAUGAUUUCAAAAGUGUGAGACCACAGUUAAUUGUACAGUCAGCUCAGACUUCCAGGAAUAAAUCUAAGUGAUAGGAGAUACUUUGAAUUUUUAACACUGGAACAAAAGGUAAGGAGCUCAGGUGUAUUUUUCAGAGUUAGAAAAUGGUCCAAAGUGAAACCUCUGUGUUGUCAGAGAUCUCCCUUUAACAUCCUCUCCUUCUUAUGUGACCCUCCCCUUCAGCGGAUCAGCACUGCGAGUGGCGACGGCAGACACUACUGCUACCCACACUUCACCUGCGCCGUGGACACAGAGAACAUCCGGCGGGUGUUCAACGACUGCCGGGACAUCAUCCAGAGAAUGCACCUGCGGCAGUACGAACUCUUGUGAUGGGAGACCGCCUCCGUCAGCCUUCUGUGUUUGUUUUUUUGUUUUUUUUUCCUCCACCAUUCUGCAUCCUUGACAAACCCCUCUCCCCCUCCCCCCAACCCCCAAAGAAGACCUUCUACUCCCCCCUGACCACCCCUCCUGUCGAGGACUAUGAAGUACUACUGAAGUGUGUCAAAUCCUCUUCCUCUUCUUAACUUCUCAGCUUUUUGUACUUCUUCUUCUUCUUCUUCUUGUUUUUUUUUCUCUGAGACAGAUUCAUCCCCAUUUUCACCGACGUGGAAGGAAGUUUUGGGGAACAAAUUGUUGCGUGCCGCUGAUUAUUUUUCUUUUAAUCCUUUUGAAUGCCUUGAUUUUUGUCAUUCCACUAAGCCUUGGGCUACCUCCUUUUUCCCCCCUUUGUUUUUUUUUGUUUUUUCUGAUUUUUGGCUCUGUCAUUGGACCUGGACUGGCGGGUGUGGAGACAUAAAAAAACGCACCUACAGGACCUCAGUGUAGAGGCAGCGUGUGUGUGUUCAAGCGUGUGUGUGUGGUGACGAGAAGGAGGAAUGCCAUGUGAGUGAGCAUAUGAGUGUGUUUCGCCUGCUGGUUAAAGCUGGCAUCACCACCAUGACCUUUGAUCCCUCUACUUUGUUUUUAUUCUCCUUUUUUUUUGUUUGUUUUUUUCGCCCUGUCACCCCCUCUGAGCCGCUCCUCGUCUCUGCGUGGACGUCACCCAGACAGACGGGAGCACACGGAGGGGAUCCGAGUGGAUGAAGAGAUAAAUGCACUUUGCAUCAGGUUCCUUAAUAUUUUAUUUUUCGGUUGUUUGUUGUUUUUGUUUUUUUUUUUCUCCAGAGGAAGCAUACACACAAUGUAGCAUCACAAUAUUUAUUACCCUGUCACAAUGUUAGCUUUGCUGAGCUGCAGGGUGCGCCGAGCGGUCGAGAGACGUGUGGAGCGAAGGAUUUCAAAAAAAAAAACAAAAAAAAAAAAUGUGGGAGAAGCAGGGCAGGAAACUCGACGACACAAAGAAGGAUUUGAAAUGAAGGAAAAGGGACUGAGCUCUCUGCACCUUAGCCCUGCUGCCUCCACGGACUCGGACCUGCCUCCUUUUUUUUUUUUUCGUUUGUUUGUUUUUCCACACAAACCAUCCUUUUAACGUAGAGAUACUGAUGGGAGGGGAGGGAGGGGGACGGGAGAGAAAAAUGUAUUGUUCCUUUUUUUUUUCGUUUUUUGUUAACUUGUACACUGUGCAAGGUUGAAUUAUCCUGUACAGACUGUAAAAUGUAAUAUUAUUUUGUACAACUUAAUUGAAAGAAAAACAAAUCUACUUGUAGAUCUUUGUGCCUUGAUUAUGGCUGUACCUGUAAAUGAGCUCAGAUGUAAGUAUGUUUUCGACUGCGCUGUACAGCUUGAUGUCAAUCUCUAUCAGCAGCGGAAGACUGCGGGUAGAGGACUUUCUCUGUAGAGUUUAGUUUUUUCUGGUUUAUAAAAAAAGAGGAAAUGCUGUUUAGUAAAAAAUAAAAAAUAGGGAAAAAAUCCUAAAAACCUGUAUACAUUAUGCAAAUUAACCACUUACCUGCAGUGAAGACCAGAUGUUGCAGCGCCAUGCCUUUUGUUUUUCUGUUGGUUUUAUUUUUUCCUCCUUUUAUUCUGUUUUUUUUUCUUUCUUUUUUUUUUUUUUUUUUGAAUUUUACAGCUUUAAACAAACAUUGGAAAUCCAUUGAAAGUGUCCAAAUUGCAACCUGGUGUUGUUUUAAUAGGAACCAACGUUUUUUCGAUAUGAAGUGUGUCUGAGAUCUGUACUGAUGUGCGUGCCUGUGCGCAUGUGUACAUAAAACAAACAUAGACUCACAGACGCAUUGUGUGUGAAUGAGUGAGUGAGUGUGUGUGCGCGUGUGAGAGAGAGUGAGAGAGCGGGCAAGUGUGCUGUGUGUGUAAAAUUUUAUAAAUGUAUGUACAUGUAAAUUUAUAGGUCUAUAUAAAUAUAUAUGUACAAUUAUACAUGUUUAAUUAUGUGUGUGCCUAGGUGUACAUACCUAUGUAUGUAUACGGUAAAUAUGUAUACAUACACACAUAGGAAAGCAUGUUUAGAAUGGAGAUGAAUAAAUGAGAGCGUGCAAUAUUAGUAAUUCUUUGGUCCUUCGGAGCCAUACUGAUGGCACAGGCACUAUGAAUGUGUGAGCAGCACCCAACAAGACAAGCUCUUCUCCUUGUACAAACAGCAUCAGCCUUUUCUUCUGCUACAGUACACGUCUAUCCCCGACAGAGAGUGAACUGACUGGAGGUGCAAAAACCUUGUUUGGCCUGGGAGGAUGAUUAAAUGACAUUUUUAUUUUCUUUAAAUAAAGAGGCACAUUAGAGGACUUUGCUUUAUUUCCAUCUUGGUGUCCAGUUGUUUUCACGUUUCUUACCAUGGAGGUGGUUUUUCGACUGAUUUUGUUUUAACGUUGGAGACCGGAGUGGAGUGAAAUCAGGGGGAUUUGAAUCUGGAAGUCAAAACUGUUUCAUGAAAAAUACUGAGACGUUAUAUCAGAAACAUGUCAGAGGAAAAAUGGAAACACCUGACAUGAUCCUCAUCUAUAAAGCUUCAUAACAACUUUUAUAAGUGACCGCUUAAGAGACAUGUUUAUGAAGUGUUAUAAAAAGUGAGCAUAAUGUCUCUCAUAAAGGUGUAGUUCGUAACGUUUCAUACCUUCAUGUAGAUAUCUUGAUUUCUGGGUCUAAUAACACUCAUAACUUAACUGGAACUUACUCUAUUGAAAAAAUAUUGAUAAUUUCUAUGUGUUUAAAAAGUCUUUAUGUAUUCAGCACUUUUCAUACACAACCAUGUAGCACAAAGUGAAAGAAUACCCAAAUCUACCCCAGCCCAACCCCUCAUUCCCACCCCAUGAUCUAAAUGCAUCAUAAACAGUAUUAAAAUGCGUUAACUUAAAAAGGGCUUGAUUAGGUUUAGGUUAAAAUCUAAAAACAAAGUAACAUAAAUAAAAUGAAAUAAAAACAACAGUAAAAGAUACUAAAAUAAGAGCACCAAAAUAGCUCAAUAAAAGACGAUCCUGUCAUUAAAACUAGAAAGGGAUAAAUGCUAAAACACUUAAAGUUAAUGAUAUAAAAUUUAGUUAAAAGCAAGACUAAAAAGGUAGGUUUUGAGUUUGGUUCUUGAUCAUCACAACAUGCUAAAGCAGGAGUUAAGUAAAGUAACAGCUCUGUAUGAGGUUAUUAAAGAUUAUAUGCUCCUAUAACACAUUUAUUAGAACUUAAAAGCACAAUUUACUGGCUGUAAGUGAAGUGUCAGACAACAUACUUAACUUAGUGUAUUCUCUUUUGCAUUAAGGUAUAAAAUACAUACUGAACCAUACUUUUAUGAGACAUUAUACUCACUCAUAGGGGUUGCUAUAGAGCUUUAUAAAUGUGCUUAUGGUGCAUUGUGGGAUGGGUUUAUAAAAGGAUGGGUGUCUCAAAAGAAAGUGUGAGCGAAUACUUCAACCAUUUCAGAAUUUCUCUGAGAAAAAGUGCAGCAAAUGUCUGGAUUUUAACCCUUAUGGUACAUAUAUAUGAAAAAAUCUAACUACAAAAGGGACAAACCUGAAAAACUUACAUUAAGAUUCAUACUUUAUUUAGAAAGACCUUUACAAACCAUCAAAUUCUGCACAGUCACAACUUUUUGAGAAUUAUGUGUUUUGUCUGGAUUCACUUGGAUUAAAAUUUUCCAGUUUCUGUCUCGUCUGUUAAGAUUAAGAAGAUGAGGGAACUUUAUAAUGCAGCUUUAAAGCAGGGACUAACACCUUUACAGAAAACUUUUUAAUAAACUUGAAUCAUGAUUUGGAUACACUAGAUUUUACGCAGUAAAGCUGACACCUUCUGAGUGUUGGCUGGUGAGUACAACCUGUUUGAGGAGACUUGUUUAGGUACAAAUACAGGCCUCUCUCUCUCGCUCAGCACGUGUCUAAGCAGGGGAAACAGGUCAAAGUGAAAACAGUGACGAAGGACUGUUUCCAGGGUCGUGUGUUCAGAGGGUCUGCUGGAGUCCCAGGUCUCAGAGUAGCAGGUACAAUAGCAGCGGUAAAAGGGAAAAGGAGAGUCAGAGGCGUGUCAAUGAGAAAAUCUAACCAAGCAGAAAAUUGAAAUUUCCUUUUGAGGUUUUAGUUCAUACAAGUGUUCAGAGACUUUACUUCAAAAUUAGGUCUGAUCCAGAAUCACAGGGACUGUAACUGAACACUUUUGAUUAAUUAUUACUUCACUUCUGAUACAGAUUACACUUUGACUGGCACCUACCCCCUCAUAGCAGAUACACGCAUUAAUAUUUACUUCUUAAUUCUCUGUCCUGUCACUGAUGGUCUUGUCUCUGUAGAUCAUAAAGAGCCAUCACUGUUCAAACUCCCCACAGUGACUUUAAAAUUUGAUCAUAAAAUAGGGGAAAAAACUUUAAAGGUGGAAUAGGCAGGAAUCCAUCAAAGGAGCAUCUUUUUUUGUGGUGUAUAUACAAAAAAGCUUAAAGGGAUAUUGUGGCAUAAACAUAAUUUAGGGUCAAACACACCGUAACACCGAGUUAGACUAAGCACAACUCACCUACUCUCUUCCAGCAGCCGUUUGUAGCGAGACCUCGGGCUAGUCCAUCGACUGCAGCGGGGUGACGCAGCUCAAGAAAGAACAUUUAUGAUCAUUUCUCCUUGAGCUGCGAAACUCCACUGCAGUAAUGGACCCGCCCAGAGGUCUCCACUACAAACAAGCAGCUGCUGGAAGAGAGUGGGUAAGUUGUGUUUAGUCUCUUUGCUAAAGAAAUCAGGCAAAGUUAAAAAGAUGUUUAAUGGUAAGUACUAUGGCUGGGACCCUAUAUGUACUGUUGAUGAAGUUAGGUGCUGUUCUGAGCAUUAUUCGUAGCGAUAGAGUGGCGUUUUGGUUGGGCUUGUGGCUCUGUGUAUUGCUAUCUGCGGUCGUUACUUUAGUUGGUAAAACUAGAGAAGCAAGCGGUCGGCAACAUUCAUCUCUUGACGGCGUGUCUAACUCAGUGUGUUUGACCCUAACUUAAUUUUACACCCGAAUAUACCUUUAAAGCUGCCUAAACCUUAACUCUUAAACUUUCAGUUUGCAACAGUUUUGGCGCCCUCCUGUGGUCAACCUUGCUGAUCUUGUCUUGUACAUGUGAUAAGUGUUUCUUAUGAAUAAUCUCUCUUUGCUUUUAUUUAAUGAUCCAAAAUAACCAAACUUUGAGAAUCUCUGCGAUAAAAGCAUGUUUAUAUGUUGAUGGCUUCAUCUGACACCCUCCCCACAGCAGCUCAGGGAUCAGGAAUAACAUUUAAGAAGUCAUGAAUCUUUGCUUUACUGCUUUAGUGUGUCACGAAAAGGUAAAGGUAUUAAUGUCAGUGUAUGUAAUUCUACACCAGAAGAGUUUUCUCGAUGUUAGAAAGUUCAGAUGUUCGUUCACCUUCCUAAUCUCAUGCAGGAGUGUCAGGAAAACGUCUCCGGAAACUUCACUUCUUAAACUUUCCUUUUAUUUGACAUGACUUUGCAUUUGCAAACACGUUCCUGUGCUCAAAUCACAUUCAUAUAAUUCAAUACAACGACUCUGUGUCCAUCAUUCAAGAUUUGAAAAAGUCAGGUAAAGACCUUAAAACACCUGUGACGUUCAGCUUUUCAUUCCUAAAGUGAUAAAGUGAUUAAAACGCAGUCUUUGUGCACAUCAACCUCUAGUCAACAACAUAAACUCUCUAAAACAGAAUUUAAGAUUCUGAUUUAUUAUUUACAGCUCAUCAUAAACAUUUGAACAAGUUUGGCAAAAACCCCCACAAACAUUUGGCACAGAAAGUCAGCAAUAAAUAUUCUCAGAUAUGCAUCAUAAAAACAAUGAGAGACCCGGAUGGAUGGAUGGAUGGAUGAUCGGACGUCAAGGACGGAAACAGAGAGUGUGUUCACAUCAGAUCACAGCAAACAUCAGAGUGAAGAGACAGAAACCAACACCUGACUUUAACCACCUUAAAUCAGACCGGGGACAGACUCUAUUUACAUGUUCUUCUUUCAUCUGUCCCGUUUAAUGCCACAAAACACAGAAAAACUUUGAGAAAGUCAGUGAUGGGUACUUUCCUGUGGUUUACUCUCC